CGGGACAAGAAAGAGAGAGGCAAGCAACAGCAUCCCAGUCCCUAGAGCACCUCCAUCUGCCAGGCUUCAUGAGGAGCUGGACAGACCAGCCGGGACCCAGCAUCAGAAUGUGGAGAGCAGUGCUUGCAAAACUUCUUGUUAUAUUGAUUUUCUGUACUUUCCGGUGUCAUUCACAAGGUAAGAGUAUCCUAAACUCACCUAAACACAGCCUUUAUUAAUUGUGAACCUGCUGAGAGUUGUUUGUGUAGCCUAUAUCUGCCCUGGAUGAGAAAAUGUAAACCAUUGGUACAUAGACACCAAUAACACCUAUGUGGCAGAGUGGCCUGAUUUGUAGUUAUUGGAUAUGUUUUUUGAAGACAUACUUUACUCAGCUAAGAUGUUGAUAGGCAAACAAUCAUCUAAUUUGGCUAUCUAUAAGUAAAAAAACAAGCCAUUUAGCCAUGUUUGUGCAAUGCUUGGCCUUUUUGAAGUGAAAGGCCCUAGCGGUUAGAGCGUUGGGCCAGUAAGUAACCGAAAGGUCGCUGGUUCGAAUACCUGAGCCGACAAGGUGACAAAUCUGUUGAUGUGCCCUUGAGCAAGGCACUUAACCCUAAUUUGCUCCAGGGGCGGUACUACUAUGGCUGACCCUGUAAAACAACACAUUUCACUGCACCUAUCCAGUGUAUGUGACAAAACAUACAUUUAUGUUUUUAUAAAGUAGUACCGGAGUACUUUCUAUAUAAAAAAAUCUGAAUUUAUUGUGGCAAAUCUUACCAACUACUUGGCCAGUUAUUUCCCCAGCUCUACAACAAUUUUUUUUGCAACCAAUAAAUACAGAAUUAUUUUAAUAUAGUUUACAAUAUUUGACUUCUUUAUCAAAACUAUUCCACUCUAAACAUUAUUAAAGCUUGUAUUGAGCACAAAGCCUCCCUCAGACAGAUUUGAAGUUCUCUCUUGGAGAACUUUUGCCUGAGCUUUGUCGUUGCUAGGUAACAGAAGUGAGCAUGUGACUUGCAGACAAUCUGUGUGGACUGCAAACUACUGGUACAAAUCUUAUUCAGAGGAACUCAACGGCUUGCCUAGUGCAAAACCUCAAUAGAUGAUAACUAAUUAUAUAGCCUUAAUUCAAGGACCCAUUUUCCUUUCCUUUCCUGUUGUAGAAACUAGUCAUAUACCUUGCUUGAUAGAUCUGAAAUACUGUUAUCUUUGUCUCUUGCAUACUGGUGUAGCCUAUACCCUACUGCUCAAAUUGUAAUCUGCUUUCUUUUUGCUCAACCCUUAGUAUGUAAGCUCCUUAGUGUGAAUCAAGCAACUAAUUACGCUGCAGCUGCUGCUGAAAGCGACCAUUUCUACCUAAGCAACAACAGGCAAAAGAGUGCAUGUAAACAACAAGGGGAAAGUUCUUACAACCUCAGAUGGAACCAUCCCAGGCUAAAUAGGCUGUAUGUUUCUUCUUAAUGUUUUAGCUGCAUUGCUCUAUAUAGGCUACAUUCCAAGACUAUACAAAAUAAGAAAGUAUGACAAAAUAAAUGAGAAAAAAAACAGCACGUAUCUUAAUCAAUUUUAACAAUUGUAAUUAUCCAGUGGCAUUUUGUAGUACAUAAUAUGGAAGUGAUCUCUACAAGCUGAGGCUAUGAGCAUGGUCUUCGCCAAAAUUAAUUAUAAUAUUGAAUCAAAUCAGGCCUUUGCCAGCGUUUUCAAGUUAGUAAUUAGCAGGCUUGUCCCUUAAAAAUGAACAAUGAUGUACCAAAGAUUUGUGUCGUCGUAGUUUAAAAAGACAUUCAAGUCAACAGGUAAUCAAUGUUGUCUAUUUCAGUAUAUACCAAGUUUUAAAUGCAUUGACUAGCAACAGAGCCUCAUGCACUUCCAGCAUCUUUUGCAGUUUUGCAUCAUGGCACUUGUUGAUCUCCUCAGAAAUUUGAGGCAGGAAUGGUUGAAUUAAUCCAGAUUUAGCCAGCAUGCGUUUGAGAGGAAAUGACUAAAAGGGCCUUGGAGGACAGGUUACUUUCUCUAAUCCAUUGAGCCUAAUUUCCACUGGGUCCUCCAGGGAUAGGGUUCACACUCAUUUUUGCCCUGUCAAAGUUUCACCAAAGCUAAUGUGGCUCAACUUGAUGAUAAUUUAAUGUGUGACAGACAGUCUUUUGUGGCUUAUUAUCAAGAGGCUUUAAAAGUGUUGUAAAACACCUGUGUCGACAUAAUGGUUAAUGUGGCACACUUGUAGGGUGAUUUAAUGUUACAGUAAUAGGUAACAAAGGAACUGGACUUGGUGACAAGCAUUUCACUACACCCGCAAUAACAGCUGCUAAAUAUAUGUGACCAAUAAAAUUUGAUUAGAUUAGAUUUGAUUGUGGCCGUUCAAAACAUGUUUUUGCAGGUUAAUUGCUUGAAUAUUGGGGCUAAGUGCCUUUCAAACCUCAAUAAUUUGCCACAAACAGCCUUGGUCAUUCAGGAUCUUGUGAAAAAAAUGCAUGAUUUGAAUUAGAAAAAAACAUAUACAAUUAAACCAGGAUAAACAAGAUGUUCUGUGUCAGUGUUACACACGAUGUCUAGAACAGGGGGAUAUGGGGUUGGCUUAUGAACAUUUCCCCUACUAACUCAAAUAGGUGUUUUCAGUUUGUUGCUCACAUUAAUUGAUCCUAACCUAUUAUUAGUUAAUUUGUGUUAUAGCACAACAACAAACACUUGUGGGUUGAUGUUGAAAUUUGACAAGGCACAGAAAACUUCGGCCAGCAUACGCGUGCUAAAUCUUAAAGAUGCUGCAGCCUUUUCUGGUGUAAAUCCGUGAGCAACGUUAACGCUGUAUUGGAAAGGGGAACAGAAGUUAGCACAGUUGACUCAAAUGAAAGACUAAUCCUUUCCCAUUAUACAGCACUCUCAACCCAGGUCCCAGACUAUUAUGUGAUGCAUAGGGUGCAAUGUUUAGGCUAACAAUGCUCAUGGUGUAUUGAGUGACAGUUUGUCAUAGGCAGUGUGAACAAAAACAUUUGACCUCCUGCAGAAGUGCAGUGUAACAUCUCAAUUUCUGCUGCUUUCUACACAUUUCUAGUCAAAUGUAGCUUUACAAAUGUAUUAAAACUUUAUAAAAGUUUUUUAAAAGUAAGAAUUAGAAGUACAGCUUCAUUCCUCACUCACUAUGUAUUGUCUCCUUUUGUACCUGUGCCAGUACCAAACUCCCUUGGGCUUUUCUCUGUUUUGUGUGUGGCAGUAAGAGCCAAAGUCAGUUGUUCAGCAAUUGACUGCAUUCUGUUGAAUUGAUUUCCAUAUGAAAUGGAGCAGCACUUCGCUCUAACAGCAUGGAUGGAUCCAGCGCUCCACGCUGCCAGCCGUUUUCUAGACACACAUUCAGAGAGUGCGAGGGGACGCACAAAAACAAGGCGGUAUUGAUGAAAGAGGCUACACCUCUUUCAGGGGCCCCCACAUGAUUGGAAAGAGAUGUUUUGGGGAAGGGCCAAGAUUUUAAAAAAAAAUUUUUGGGGGGGGCUUCUGUUAAACUUUUUUUGCAGGAAGCUAUACUGUAUUCUGCAUUCUGCUAUCCCUCUCCAUAGUCCCAUUGGCGUGGUGACACUUCCAGUUAUGAGGUUGCAGCCCUGCUGGCUCUUCCAUUGUGCCAUUGUGAUUUCACAGUGGGGUCUGAGGCAUUGGCAGGCUUCAUUCGAAUGAAAAUUCCUCUGCUGCUCCUCUUUGUUUGGCAGUAGUAGGGCGUCCUUAUCUUUCUCUGUGGAUAGUGUGAGGUUCUCGCCUGCUGUGGGUUUAAGAUGGCUAAUUACAAAAGACAUGGUCAGAGAGAGGGACAAAAAGAAAACACCAAACUAAACAAAACAGGCUAAACAAAGACACUAACGAAAAAGUACCAAUCCUUAGACACCACAUUCUUAAGAGCUUAUUUGCAGCAUAUUGGCCACUUUUCUCUUAAGUUUAUUUUAAUAGAAAUUGACUGACAGUCAAAUUGCCCGUAUUUUGAUCAGUGUUGUUACAUUUCGCCUUAAAAAAUAAACUAUUUACCAAUUUAUUCCUGAAGGAAUAGUAAAUCAGAUGACAUAAAAAAAGACUAUGGCUGAAUGUAAGAGCAUUCAUUUAAAAGUCCACUUUAGUCGGCCAGUCACCUUUCCCAGAACUGAUACUGUCAGGAAACACUGGCUUCAUUUGAAUGUCUCAGAAGAUUGGUUUCCUUUUGGCAAAGGUUGUUGAAAGCUGUUAACCUAAUGCAUAGCAGACAGGGAUUAUGAACAGGGAUUAUGAACAUUGCCAUUGUUGCUAGGAGGCCUCAGGAGUGUCCUUCCUCUGAACUUGAAGUCCAUUGAUGCUUAAAGACACUUCUAGUAUUUUUCUCUUUUAAAAAAUAUGUUGGUUUUGUUGAUAAGCUGGUGGAUAUUGAUACUACAUGCAAUCCUAUUUGUGGGUCAAGCAACGAGUGAUCAUGUUUUUUUUUUAAUUAGGGUCUUUGUGGAAGUCUCAUUAGACAAAAUGUAUCAUUAUUUUCAGUAUUAUCCUUGAAGUUGUCAGUACACCCAUGAUUUUUGUCUGAUAUCUACCAUAUAUUGUCAAAUAUUACAUAUUCAGAGUUGAUCUUAUAAUGAUCGUAAUGUCAUGGAGCAUGAGACCACUGACUGUCUGUUCAGGGGUACAGAGCUAAACCCAAAUGUCUUUCAGUGGUGUCACUGUGCUGCUCCGAUACUGCAUGCACUGUUUGUCUUACCUGCAUGUUACAGAUGAUGCUGAAACCUCCCGGAUCAUUGCCUCUCAACAAAGGCACCCUUUGAGCUAAUGGGGAAGCAAUUUUCUCAUUAGUAAACUGAGUAGGAAAAAAGCUUGCUUCUCAAUUGGCUGCUGAAUGAGUUAAAUAUGAAGCCCCUUUGGCUGGCGUAGUUUAAAAGCAGUUUGGUGGUGUCGGCUAAUUCAUCUGAGACAAGACCUCAUGAUAUGAGAAGCCCCUCACAAGGCUUUUAGUGCCGUAGCACAGUCAUGACCCCACAAUUCAAGUGGAAGUGAUCCAUCUUUGAAGAGCACAUUACAUAAAAGAGAUGAUAAACUACUGACUUGCCUAUAAUAAAGUGCCUGCUCACACAACAUUUGUCGACUGAAUGGGCUGCGAUUUUCCAAUUCAAUUCAUUACAUUGUAUGUCUGUUUACAUUUUACAUUUUAGUCAUUUAGCAGACGCUCUUAUCCAGAGCGACUUACAGUUAGUGAGUGCAUACAUUUUUUUAUAUUUUAUUUUCAUACUGGCCCCCCGUGGGAAUCGAACCCACAACCCUGGCGUUGCAAACGCCAUGCUCUACCAACUGAGCUACACGGGACUAGGUGUUUGACAAAGAAGGAAGAUUUCCCUUGGCUUUUAGCAUUUGGUUCAAUAGUGGUCAUAUCGGAAGUGCUCUUUUUUCACCUGUCAGAGGGAAAUGCUUUGCCAGACUUGUUCUAUAAUUAAGUAGGCCGACUCAUAAUAUCAGUGUCCAACAAUUCCACCUUGGCCUUUAAUAGCUCCUGGUGUCUCUACGUCCUGCUAAAGGAUCAAUGUCAGUAGGACCUGUGCAACCGAUGCUGUAUCCGUUUUAUGUUUCUUUUAAAUGAGAAGAAUAAAAAGGCAGAGGGUAUGUUGGCAGGAGUUUCCUAAGAGAUUUCAACUUAUCAGCACAAGAUCAAAGGAUGACAUCACACUAAUUCUUAGUUCAGUGCCUUAUCUCAUGAAAGCUCAUGUUUAGCAUUAGGCCUAGAUGGUUUGACCGGAUUGAAAAUGCUUUUUCUGUUACAAAAUUGUCCAGUAGGUGUAUAUUCAACACGUUGGUUUCUUUUUGUUUGCAACUGACCACUGUUUUCUUGUUUUGCAUGUCCUUAUCAUGUAACAUGCUCCUAUGCCAUUGGAAUUUGAAGUAAUUUGUUGAUAGCUGUAGUGGGAGAGAAACACUAAGUGAAAGGUUGUGCUAAUAGAAACCCAAUGCACAUGCUGAUUGGUGAUGGCACAGCUAGUUGAUGCAAUGGAAAUAGCUGAUUACUUGCAUAUUUGCUUCUAGGAGUCACAAUACAUGUAUUCAUACAUGUAUAACAUAUGAUCUAUGGAUAUCGCCCAUUGACACAUUUAUGUUAUGUGAAAACUGGUCAUGAAUCAGUAUCCAAAAAUCUUACUGCGAAUGUUUGGAAAUGUAAUGUGGUUUUUAAAAAUGUGGGUGUGUUUUGUGUGUAAUUUGAUUGGUCAGAUGGCAGUGUUUGAUUCAUAGAUUGGAAAUAAAACAUAGGUCAUUUGUAUUACUGAUUAUAUUUCUCAGUGUUGUUUGUUUCUAGAACAGUCUUCAGUUUGUUUUGCAACUGAGGUGUUGACACAAUGUAAAACCUCUCUCUUCAGCACAUAUUUGACCAAGCAGGGAGUGUGUUUAAAGGUAGUCGAUAAGACACUGUAGACCACCAACCCCAGACAUGCACCACCAACCACCACCUUACAUCUCCCUCAGCAAAGAAUUUGGGUUUAAGGGUUGCGGUACCUCCUGGUACCACUAUUUAUCCCAAUUACAUUUCUGACAAGGAACAGCAUGCACCAUAAAUCAGGUUGUCAGAGAGAGACAAUGAGAAUUGUACAUUCCAAUUCGGACAGGUCUGACGGAGCGCUCUGCCACUGAACUAUGCUGCCUCAGUUGAUAUCUCCUGGAAAACUUCAGGGAAGGUAGAGUGGUGGUACCUUAUCUCCUCAGAUGCCACUCAGUGAGAACAUCAAAAGGAAGCUUGGGAUGAGUGUGCUGAGGGUUGAGUAACUGUUUUGAGGAUGGCUGGCACGCUCUUCUCCAGGCCCUGUCGAUGCUGUAAACACCAUGCUUCAUCAAUAAGAGACAUUCCCAAACACACUUAAAUCUGUUUAGAUGUUUUGAUAAGAGACACAAAGAUAUCCAUCAAUUUAUUGGACUAACUAUAGUAGAGAGGGACAUUUGAGAGGAAAUUAUUUAUUUUUUCUGACCUAGUUUAGAAAUACACAUGAUCAUGAUCAACUGAUUAAGAUCAUGAAGAAUUAUGCACCUGGGGACUGAAGGUAUUACAAAAUAGUAUCUGAGAAUUGGUCUAAAAUAUGGAAUGAAGAUAACUUUAGUAAUAAUGUGUCUCCUGUGUGAAGGUUGUGAGACGGGGCAGUUCCAGUGUGGGACAGGCCGAUGCAUCCCACAGCACUGGCAUUGUGAUGGAACGUUAGACUGUGUAGACGAUUCUGAUGAAGCCGACUGCCGUGAGUAACUUCUCAUCUUACAGUGGACUGGGCUGCACUUUGACCCUCUCCCUUUACAUGUUAUCAGGAUUUGUCACAUUUACUCACGUUUCCCUGUUAAAUUGUAUUGAGAGCAGCAAAACUGUUGCUUCGUAGAAUUAUCUUGAGGAAGAAUCACCUGGCAUUGUCUUACUUAGACCUUCACCUACAUAUUGACUAUUGUUGCUGAUAGUGUGGAGACUAAAAUGGGAUGUGCUGUGUGUGUCCUCAGCCCAUGUAACAUGUGAUGAGAGUCAUUUCCAGUGCUUGAGUGACGGGGAGUGUAUCCCAGAUGUCUGGGUUUGUGACGACGAAGAGGACUGUGAGGACGGCUCAGAUGAGAGACAACACUGUCGUAAGUUCUCACACUUUCUACAAUAGAGGAAAUCAAUACGCAAGUACUGAGUAGACCAUACAGUGUACAACAUGUUUUAUUUAGAAUUCUCACCAAUGUGACAGGUGCCACAAAUGUUAACGCAAAAAUCAAUGACAAAGGCAAUUAAGGGGGUAGAGAAAUGCUGCACUUGUGGUUAAGUUGCUCCUCAAUCUCUCUGCAGCUGGUAGGACGUGCUCCAGUGGGCAGUUCAGCUGUACCAAUGGGGCCUGCAUCCCAGGGGAGUACAGGUGUGACCGGCUGCCCGACUGCUCCGAUGGGGCUGACGAGAGAGACUGCCGUAAGUUCCCCAGUGUGGCUUACUUACCUUCUUCCCUCAGGCUCCUGUGGCAUUUUAAUCAAUUUGUAAGAUUAAGAGGCUUGCUGACUGACAGAAUGGCCACAAUAUGCUUCUUGUUGUCAGAGGUUGAUUGCAGAUUCCUUGGGGAUUAGUCAAGCUGAAGUUCAGCUGCUAUUCCAUUAUUGUGCCGACAUGUUAGACUCACAGCACUGCACAUUUGGUGAUCUCACAACGGCAGAAUAAAGUGUUUUUAUCCUCCCAUUAGCUUUUAGCAUUUUUCUUGCACCAUUACAGGCUGAAUAAUUCCGUACAGAGCUUUAUAUUUCAGAGGUGAAUUGCCACCAUGACUUCAUGGGGGAGUAUCUAAGGGUAUAUGUUCUACUGUUAAUGAGAUUAAAAGGGGGUUAGAGCUGCCGACGCAGCAGCUAAGAUAAUGAUCUGCUAGCAGCAGACUGUUACAUUUGGGUAAUUGCAAGGUUGUCUUAAUACUUGAGAACUUUAUAUAGGAAUGUUUAAGACUACUGACAUUUGAGACAUUUCAUGUUUGAGAAAUGUUUAAGACUACUAGAGACAUUUGACAUUUGAAAGGGAAAGCAUUAUGCACCUCUAAACAAAUUAUUUUUAUAGGGAAUUUAUGCUUAUUCCUUAAAUUCUUUGAAUAUUCUACAGAUGGGUUUGUUCUAUGUCAGUCGGGUAUGAUUGACUUGUCUUCAUCUGUUUUGACAUGUUUAUUUCCCUCUCAGACUACCCAGAGUGUACAGAGCUGAGGUGUGCCAACAGUGCCUGUUAUAACAGGACCCAGCACUGUGACCAGGUCGUGGACUGCCGUGACGGGUCAGACGAGGCCAACUGCAGUAAGUGUUCACUUCUGGCCAUGACUAGGGCUGUUACGGUGACCGUAUUACCGCCACACCAGCGGUCACGAGUCAUGACGGCAGUCAAAUUCCACGUGACCAUUUAGUCACGGUAAUUAGGAUUCUCCAAGCUCUGAUGCUGCUGAUGGUCAUUAGUAGCCUACCAAACUUGCUAACUGCCUGGUACUCAGCACUCUAUUGUCCCUCUAAUCACUUGGACAUCAAUGCAAAUGUCAUCAAACAUUUAAUCAAACACUUCAUGAGAGCCCAUGAGCUCAUGUUGCGCAACAUUUCUAUAGGCUAUGCAAUUGUGUGAGAAAACAGAGUGAUGGCCUCUAUUAAAAAGAGGAGGAUCCCAUCAGCUUUCUAUAGGCUAGGCCUACUAUAUUUAUUUCUCAACUUUCCUGAUAUUAAGCACAUUGCUUCUCUUUAAAACAGGAGUAUAGCCUACCUGGCUGGCGUGAAAAUGAACAUUUACAUACAUUUACAUUUACGUCAUUUAGCAGACGCUCUUAUCCAGAGCGGCUUACAAAUUGGUGCAUUCACUUUAUAGCCAGUGGGAUAACCACUUUACUAUUUUUUUUUUUUUUUUUUUCUUGGGGGUGGUGUGGGGUAAGGGGUGUAGAAGGAUUACUUUAUCCUAUCCCAGGUAUUCCUUAAAGAGGUGGGGUUUCAAGUGUCUCCGGAAGGUGGUGAGUGACUCCGCUGUCCUGGCGUCGUGAGGGAGCUUUUUCCACCAUUGGGGUGCCAGAGCAGCGAACAGUUUUGACUGGGCUGAGCGGGAACUGUGCUUCCGCAGAGGUAGGGGGGCCAGCAGGCCAGAGGUGGAUGAACGCAAUGACCUCGUUUGGGUGUAGGGACUGAUCAGAGCCUGAAGGUACGGAGGUGCCGUUCCCCUCACAGCUCCGUAGGCAAGCACCAUGGUCUUGUAGCAGAUGCGAGCUUCAACUGGAAGCCAGUGGAGUGUGCGGAGGAGCAGGGUGACGUGAGAGAACUUGGGAAGGUUGAACACCAGACGGGCUGCGGCAUUCUGGAUGAGUUGUAGGGGUUUAAUGGCACAGGCAGGGAGCCCAGCCAACAGCGAGUUGCAGUAAUCCAGACGGGAGAUGACAAGUGCCUGGAUUAGGACCUGUGCCGCUUCCUGUGUAAGGCAGGGUCGUACUCUCCGAAUGUUGUAGAGCAUGAACCUACAGGAUCGGGUCACCGCCUUGAUGUUAGCGGAGAACGACAGGGUGUUGUCCAGGGUCAUGGCAAGGCUCUUCGCACUCUGGGAGGAGGACACAACAGAGUUGUCAACCGUGAUGGCGAGAUCAUGGAAUGGGCAGUCCUUCCCCGGGAGGAAGAGCAGCUCCGUCUUGCCGAGGUUCAGCUUGAGGUGGUGAUCUGGCAUCCACACUGAUAUGUCUGCCAGACAUGCAGAGAUGCAAUUCGCCACCUGGUUAUCAGAAGGGGGAAAGGAGAUUAGUUGUGGGUCGUCUGCGUAGCAAUGAUAGGAGAGGCCAUAUGAGGAUAUGACAGAGCCAAGUGACUUGGUGUAUAGCGAGAAUAGGAGAGGGCCUAGAACUGAGCCCUGGGGGACACCAGUGGUGAGAGCACGUGGUGCGGAGACAGAUUCUCGCCACGCCACUUGGUAGGAGCGACCGGUCAGGUAGGACGCAAUCCAAGAGUGAGCCGCGCCGGAGAUGCCCAGCUCGGAGAGGGUGGAGAGGAGGAUCUGAUGGUUCACAGUAUCACAGGCAGCAGACAGGUCUAGAAGGACAAGAGCAGAGGAGAGAGAGUUAGCUUUAGCAGUGCGGAGAGCCUCCGUGACACAGAGAAGAGCAGUCUCAGUUGAAUGACCAGUCUUGAAACCUGACUGGUUUGGAUCAAGAAGGUCAUUCUGUGAGAGAUAGCAAGAGAGUUGGCUAAAGAUGGCACGCUCAAGAGUUUUGGAGAGAAAAGAAAGAAGGGAUACUGGUCUGUAGUUGUUGACAUCAGAGGGAUCGAGUGUUGGUUUUUUGAGAAGGGGUGCAACUCUCGCUCUCUUGAAGACGGAAGGGACAUAGCCAGCGGUCAAGGAUGAGUUGAUGAGCGAGGUGAGGUAAGGGAGAAGGUCACCGGAGAUGGUCUGGAGAAGAGAGGAGGGGAUAGGGUCAAGCGGGCAGGUUGUUGGGCGGCCGGCCGUCACAAGUCGCAAGAUUUUAUCUGGAGAGAGAGGGGAGAAAGAAGUCAAAGCAUAGGGUAGGGCAGUGUGAGCAGGACCAGCAGUGUCAUUUGACUUAACAAACGAGGAUCGGAUGUCGUCAACCUUCUUUUCAAAAUGGUUGACGAAGUCAUCCACAGAGAGGGAGGAGGGGGGAGGGGGAGUAGGAUUCAGCAGGGAGGAGAAGGUGGCAAAGAGCUUCCUAGGGUUAGAGGCAGAUGCUUGGAAUUUAGAGUGGUAGAAAGUGGCUUUAGCAGCAGAAACAGAUGAAGAAAAUGUAGAGAGGAGGGAGUGAAAAGAUGCCAGGUCUGCAGGGAGUCUAGUUUUCCUCCAUUUCCGCUCGGCUGCCCGGAGCCCUGUUCUGUGAGCUCGCAAUGAGUCAUCAAGCCACGGAGCAGGAGGGGAGGACCGAGCCGGCCGGGAGGAUAGGGGACAUAGAGAGUCAAAGGAUGCAGAAAGGGAGGAGAGGAGGGUUGAGGAGGCAGAAUCAGGAGAUUGGAAGGAGAAGGAUUGAGCAGAGGGAAGAGAUGAUAGCUACAAUAAUGCAAAGGAGAUCGGAAUGAAAUGAACUAAACAUCUGGGAAAGGAGAGAGCGGGGCCUCCCUCACUUACGUUUCACUGAAACACCCAAAUAUAACUCUCCCAACUUCCACCUCAGAAACUAUAAUUGUUGUAAACUACAGCGGUUCAAUGUUUUCUAGGAAUAGACUAACUUAGUUUAUUCAGCUAGCUAACUUGGUACAGUAUUCUUCCGUGAAAAUCGUCCAGGGCACCUAGUCAUAUGACGCCAUAGCCAACUAGCAUGCCGGACUCCAACAACACGGUUUAGCACCAAUACUCGGCCACAACAAACCACCAGUGUGUCAACACGCCAAGCAGAUCAUUCGUGUCCGUGUCUAACGUUGUGGGUUAGUCCCGACAGCUUGAGCGAGUCCGUCGUCAACUUAUUCAGCCAGUUAGUUAGCUAGAAUAGUUAGCAUACUAGCUAGCCAUUGCUUUCAGACAAAGAAGAAACCCCUCCUCCCAUGGCACGAACACACAGAGAGAGCCAAGCUAACGUUAACUAGUCACCCAUGUCCCGAAUUCCCUUGAACGACUCUGGCUACCAGUAUGUAAAAACAAAACACAAAUGUAGAUUAUAACUUACCCCUAGCAGCUACUGUUAGCUAGUCAAGUGCAAAGCUAUCCACUGAAUUGACUCAGCCUGUUCGUGUCUGUUCGCUAGGUCGUUCCAGCUAUUGUUUACUAGUAGCUAUCCAGGUAGCAACAAGCUAGCUACAUUUCAAGCACAGUAGCCACUUACUACCUAACAUUAACGCUUCAGACAGUGAGGUUAGAAAAACAGCUGAAUGGUAGGCAUUAUUGUAUGUAAUUAUUGUAGGCAGCUAGCUGGCGUAAUUACAGGUACUCUCAGGCGUGAAACAACUAUCCACAGUUGCUAAUAGUUACCAGUAGCUACCCGCCAGCUAGUCCAGGUAGUGGGUUAGCUAGCUUCGUGCUUCACCGGGCUCAGACGAAUACAAUAAUAACCUACAAUAAUUACAUACAACAACCCACGAUAACUACCUACAAUACCUAACUACAAUCUAAAUACAUAGUUUAAGCUUUACUCGACAAAGCCCAAACUAUGUAUAUAAGCCAUAUAAGCCAAGCUUACCUCCUGCCAGAGAGAGACACAACCUCACCCGACGACGACCACGGGAAAAGCGUCCUCCAUUCUCUAUUUAAGUGCAUAGAUGACAUGUAUUUUUUACAGCUGCCCCUGUUUCGAGACAGGCGCAUAAUAAUGGUCCAUUCUAAAUCAAAACAAAUUUGACACAUAUAUUAUUUUGAAUAUGUAAAGACAAGAUUAAAUCAAGAAUAGUGUGAUGGGAGACAAUAUUAGCUUAUCACUUGUGAAUGAUGCCCAGCUUAAGGCAAACAGUGCAUGCGUUUUUGGGGACUUUUUAAAAUCAUAGUCGCACACCUCAAUAGCCUGGCCCAUAGGCCUAUAUGUUUUGAUAAGGUUUGUAUCACAGCUAAAGUGGCCAAAUAACUUCUCCAGAUACUCAACUAGUCUCAAGAAGUCCAGUUUUAUUGGUUCUUUAAUCAGCACAACAAUUUUCAGCUGUGCUAACAUAAUUGCAAAAGGGUUUUCUAAUGAUCAAUUAGCCUUUUAAAAUGAUAAACUUGAAUUUGCAAACACAACGUGCCAUUGGAACACAGGACUGAUGGUUGCUGAUAAUGGGCCUCUGUACGCCUAUGUAGAUAUUCCAUUACAAAUCUGCCGUUUCCAGCUACAAUAGCCAUUUACAACAUCAACAAUGUCUACACUGUAUUUCUGAUCAAUUUGAUGUUAUUUUAAUGGACAAUAAAAGUGAUUUUUUUUCGAAAACAAGGACAUUUCUUAAUGAACCCAAAACGUUUGAACGGUAGUGUACAUACGCAGCGCGUGAGUUUCAAGUUUGGGGAAGAUCAUUUUCACCAUGAAAAUGCACCUUUGUAAUGAAAGCAUUACAUGCAUAAUUGUAUUUGUGGUCACUUUUGAGAAUGGUGUUUUUCUGCUAAUGGAACAUUUGCGCUUAUAGCCUACUGCCGUGUGUGCAUUGCUGUGCUUAUAAUGUGAAGAAAUAGCCUUAGUUUAUCAACAUUUUAAGCUAAAUAUUCUCAUCUAUUGCGUCAGGUUCAUUGCUUAAAACAGGUUUUUUGAUGCUAGUGGUUGUAUUAAUUUGGGAUCUAUCACAUCCCACAACUGUCCCGGACUAUGUUUGGAAUAUUUAUUUCUCGCACAGAAUAGAAUAGGUCAACUUUUGUACUAUGGGGAUAGUAGAUUGACAUAGGCUAGUGCUUUUGCUGUUAGUUAGGCCUACUCAUCUUGUUGGCUGACGAAAAGUAAAUGUGGACAGUUCUUCCAAUAUCUUCAAUAUGCGCCUCGGGAAUUGGAUAAGGACGUGCGCAGUUGCGUCCCCGAUGUGUCUGUCUUCACUUGUAGCCUGUGAGAAAGACCCAAUCAUGUGACUGAGAGCCAUGUGAGUGAGAGGUGCUUCGGCACACAGCCGGGAGAAGGGAAUUAUAAUUAUUAUAUUCAGCCCAAGGGCACAACGGCCACUGGCCGCAAAAGGCAUGGAUUUUUUUAGGGGGCAUAACGGCCACACAAAGGGGAUGCAGCCAGGAAAUUCGAGGCAUUAUUAAGUGCUUGUCAAAUUGUGAAUGAGAGACUGAUGAAGUGUGUACAACCUGCGCAAAAAACAAGGCAGAGCUCAUGCCUUUCAUGCAACUUUUUUCAAAUCAUCAUUAGAGACGCAUCAUGCAGCCUUAGAUUGUAUUAAAAAUCAUAACAUAUAGCCUAACAUUUGUAUCACAACUAAGGUUACAUAAAUAACUCUAAAUUAAGCAUUUAGGAGUAUCUGUUUCUUUGUUAACCACUCAACACAGAAUAGCCGCAUGUGCGCACUCCCUCAAAUCGUUUGGAGAAUAUAUCCUUUCUAUUUUAUUCAGCUAUGUUCAAUUGUAUUCUUCAUACUAUAAAAUAAUAUAAAAUAAUGCCAAGGAAUUCUAAGCAAAUCUUGUCAGCUAAAUGAACUAGUGUAGCCCAUAGCCAGAUCAGGGCCUAACAGAAGGACAACACAGAGUAUGGUAUUCUGUUCUUCUGAAAUAGACUACAUGUUUCUUUAGACCUCUCUAAAAUAAAUAAUGGAUUUAUUGUUAUGGUGUAGGCUAUAUUACAUGGAUUUAUUAGACUUUUUAAAAUGUAGAUGUUCCAAAGGUCUGCAUCAGUGAAUUGUAGGCUAUGCAUGGAAGCCAGGAAAUGCUAAAUGUGUUUACAUUAAUUAAUGGUCACUUACCGUGAGACCGGCAGUUAUUUGCUUGACAAUCACCGGCUGACAAAAUUGUAUGACCGCCACAGCCCUAGCAGUGACGCAUGACCACGCAUUUAACCAGGCCCUCCUCCUGUCCGACACAAACAGUCAGUCACUGAAGGGGUUUUGUGUCUGUUUUAUUCAGCACAGCACUGCAGCAGUGGCCUGUUCCAAUGUGGAAACGGAGAGUGUGUCCCUCAACGCUAUGUCUGUGACCAUGACGACGACUGUGGAGACAGGAGUGACGAACAGAGCUGCAGUGCGUACCUCUACCCUCCUCGCACCACUACUGCUAUCUGCACCUCUCAUCUUAACUCCUCACCCAGAUAGUUUCUCCCCCUAACUUGGACUUAAUCUGACCUUUUCUAUGUGCUCUCUCUCUCUCUCUCUCUCCCGCUACCCCUCUUUCUUUCUCUCUCUCUCUCUCUCUCUCUCUCUCUCUCUCUCUCUCUCUCUCUCUCUCUCUCUCUCUCUCUCUCUCUCUCUCGCUCUCUCUCUCGCUCUCGCUCUCCCCCCCUCCCCUCCCCGUCUCUCUCUCUCUCUCUCUCCCUCUCUCUCUCUCUCUCUCGCCCUGUAGCCUAUCCCACUUGCAGAGGGAGCUACUUCACGUGCCCCAGCGGUCGCUGUGUUCACCAGGUCUGGCUUUGUGACGGAGAAGACGACUGUGAAGACAAUGCAGAUGAGAAAGGCUGUGGUAUGGACGCUACAGAGUUCCACCUCCCCUUCCUCUUGACACAUUUCUAAUAUUGGACCCAGAACCCUGAAAAGGAAACAGUAAGCGGGUUCAGUAGAAACACACUUGAAGGAGUGAGAAACACUGCGGUGUAUAAACCUGAUUCACCUUUGGUCUCCAUGGUUGGUAUGGGCUAAGCACUGUGCUUGUGCUUUUAAAGUGUGGUAGUCAAAUGCCUCUUUGAUCGCUCACCCCUCCAAAGAGCUUUAGAAUUCUUCAAAAUAUAUUAAAGUUAGGGGAGUUAGUGGUCUUACCUGUUUUUAAGACUCUGAUUGACAACACUGUUUGUAAUAGCUGCAGUUGUUUCUAAUCUUCAAUUGUAUCUGUAACUUGUGACACUUUGUCUUUUGUGUGUAUUUUAUGUAUUUUUCUGUAAUAUUUUAUAUACACGCUGCUAUUUUCCUGUUUUGCCUUCUUGCCAGGUCGUCCUCGCAAAAUAGGUUUUUAACAUCAAUGGGUCUUACCUGGUUAAAUAAAGGUUUAAAAAAAAUAAUAUACAAACAUUCCUCCACGCUGCUCUGAAGAGUGUUUUUAGAGGAUGGGUUGCAGAAUCCUCCGAUAAGGCUGCUGUCUUCAAUGCAUACCUCACACAUUGUUGCUGUUUUCUCAAAGCAAGGCAGUGAAGAUGACUUUGUUUUCUCUGCAGACGCUGUAUCACGUGAGUGCUAUCCUGGAGAAUGGCCCUGUCCAUCCUCAGGCCUGUGUAUUCCCAUGGACCAACUGUGUGAUGGGACAGCCCAAUGUCCAGAUAGAGAGGAUGAGACCAACACCACUGCUGGACGCAAUUGCAGUCAGUAACGAUACAACCAGUUUAAAGUGCACACACGCACACACUUUAUUUUGAGAAGUGACAUUGGGAGUAAUGUGUGUCUGUCUUUGUUUGUCAGGUAUCUGGAGGUGUGCUUCUCUGAGCUGUGAGCAUCGCUGUCAUGCGUCCCCUGAGGGAGGAACCUGCUCAUGUCCCUCUGGGUACAUUGUCAACAACAACAACAGCCGCUCUUGUAUCGGUAAAUACUGCCAUAUUCACUCAGUUACAGUACAUUGAAAUAAUUGGAAACUCAGGCUACUAGAGGUAGAAUAUGGGAUGUGUGCUUUUGACUCAUUCAGUUUUUUUCUUAUUUUAUUAUUGGGUGAAGACUUUGACGACUGUCAGAUGUGGGGCGUCUGCGACCAGCUCUGUGAAGAUCGGAUAGGAACCCAUCGCUGCAGCUGUCGAGAGGGCUAUUUCCUAGAGCAGCACCGAUACUGCAGAGCUAACACCUCAAGUGAGUGGCCAGCGUUGAGCUUCAAUAUACUUCAACAUAUCAAACUCAUUCCUCCUGGCUAGAGGCCCUCAGCCCCUCAACCCAGCCUCCUGUCUGCCAGCCUCUGUCCGCCUGCUCUGCUUUCUGGUGCAUUGUUGCACACUGAUUGUUGUUUCAGCCAGUCGUUUGUGUCUGUGGACCAGAGAAUGGCUAUUGACCAAGAGACAGACCCCUCUGACUUUGAGGCCAGCAGCAAGGAGGGAUUUGCUGUGUUAAUAAUACAGAUCAAAUUAUCUUAGCCAUUUGGGUUUCUAAAAAUGACAUAAAAUGUAUUACAUGAAAAUGAAAAAUGUAUUACUAUAGAUUAAUAUUUGAAUCAACUCAAUAGUAUGUUAUCAAAACUGACUGACUAAAAUGUAUUGUUAUUUCUUUACUGUUUUCCACUGCUGAGUAAAUUAAUGAAUGAUUAUACAGUCAAAAAACAAGUGCUCAAACAGCAUAUGACAGGUAUUCAUAAGAAGAGAUUAUGAAAUGUUUGAGCAUGUUAUCUUACUGAUUGCCUUGUCUACUGUAUGUAGCUGGCAUAGCCUCGCUGGUCUUCUCUAAUGGCCGAGACCUGCUGAUUGGUGACAUCCAUGGACACAGCUCACGCACCCUGGUCCAUUCCCAGAACAGAGGAGUCCCUGUCGGGGUGGACUUCCACUACCUCCUCAAUAGAGUAUUCUGGACGGAUACUAUUCAGAACAAGGUAAUACUGGCAUUAAAAUACUUCUCAUGAAUGGUUUCCUGUGGCCCUGUUAAGGCAUCAGUGCAUCGUUAGAACUACCUGUACAGUGGACCGUAGUUACAGUCCACAGGAUAGAAAGGCUUAUUGUUUGAGGAAAUGCUUGAGUUGUACAGGAACCUGCCCCCCCCCCUCCUCAAAGGAGAGGGAAUACUUUGACAGAUCUCUUAAGAUACCGCCACUGUUAAAUACUGUACAAAUGGUAGACCUGUCGGCUCCCAAAUGGCUGGGUCAUAAUGAAGGGGAAGUAGGUUGGGAAUGGAAUCCAAAAUGUCUAAUCUGGAAAACAGUGAUAUGCUGGUAUGAUGUUCACAUAGCUCAGUGUAAUUUUUGUAACCCGAUCGUGUUCAAAGUAAUCGUGCAGUGUUUGUUUUCACCGAGUCCACCCUGUUAUAUGCAUUCUUUGGCCAGCUCAAAGGGCUUUGUUCAGCCUCUUGGCUUCUGUAUGGUUUGAACCCCAGCCAUGAGACUGAAAAGCAGGGACAUACCAGGAGUGUGGUAUCUGUGUAGAUCAGCCACCUCCAUGGCGGAAUGUCAUCUGAUUUAAAGUGGGGGGACCACAAACAGGCCAUGUGAACGUACUAGGGAGGUUAAACUAGCAGGCUAUUUCCACAUAUUCAGUUUCUCUUUAAACAGGUCAGCUGAAAAUCCUGCUUUUUAGACGUCUGUGUCUUAUUUCAAAUGAGCCAGAGCUGUAAAGAGCACUAUCCCUUCCGAGGUGCCAAGGCUUCAAGCCUGAGAAACUGGUGCCAUCUUGGAAUCAGUAGGGUACAGGUUUCAGAAUACUAUCCGACGGCACCACUCAAAUACUACUAGACAGACAAGAUGGAAGUCAGACAAGCAACCAAAGCCCAGCCUUAAUGACAGUAAUUUCCUUCUCAUUUUGGGGUAUUAUGGUGACAUAUCCCAUCCCUGUUUCUCGGACUGUCUUUUAAAAAAAAUAUCUCCAUGAAUUUCCGGAGCCUUAACCACCAAAGAGCUAAUCUCUUAGCAACAAUGCUUUCUUUUCUGGCCAGGUGUUUUCGGUGGAUAUGGACGGUUCCAAUAUGCAGGUGGUUUUAAAUGUAUCAGUUGACUACCCAGAGAACCUUGCCGUGGACUGGGUGAACAAUAAGCUGUAUGUGGUGGAGGCCAGUGUCAACCGGAUUGACAUGGUGGACUUUGACGGGAAUAACCGGGUGACGCUGAUUGCAGAGAAUCUGGGAAACCCCAGAGGGCUGGCCGUGGACCCAACUGUGGGGUGAGUCGAGGGGACCUCUCCCAUCCUCAAGUCCUCUAUCCCUCCAUCCUCCACCCCUCUAUCUCUCUGUCUCUCUGUCAUGUUGUACCAGUAGGGAGUAAUGAGUGUGUGAGAUUCGCAGAUUGUCCUGGCGGAUUAGUGAGCAUGUAUUAAAAGUGAUGAGCCUCAUUGUAAUCCAAUAGUGCAGUUCAAGAGGGGAGCCUGGCCCAGGUGGCUACAGGUAAAUUGGGAAGUGAUAAUAAAUGUACACACUUGUUCUACCUCGGUGGGAUUUAGGGCUGGCCCACCUGUAAGACUGGGGACAAAGACAGUGGAGGAUGUGUCUGUUUCAAAAUCAAUUAAAAAAGGAAAUCCGCUUAUGUAUUUAUGUACUGGCCUUUUGUUGAGUUGCAAUCUUGGUCGUUUUAUAGCUAAAAGGAAGAAUAACUUUGCUGCUAUGGAAUCCAAUUUACCAAUGUUCAAUAUUGCACCCAGUACAUAAAUCAAAUCAAAUUGUAUUUGUCACAGGCUUCGUAGACAAGUGUAGACUAACAGUGAAAUGCUUACUUACGGGUCCUUUUACAACAAUGCAGAGUUAAAAAUAAGAUAAAAAAAUGUGUAUCAAGAAUGGUCCACCACCCAAAUGACAUCCAGCCAACUUGACACAACUGUGAGAAGCAUUGGAGUCAACAUGGGCCAGAAUCCCUAUGGAACACUUUCGACACCUUGUAGAGUCCAUGCCCCCAACGAAUUGAGUCUGUUCUGAGGGCAGAAAGGGGUGCAACUCAAUAUUAGGAAGGUGUUCCUAAUGUUUGGUAUACUCAGUGUAUAUAGGGAGUAGAAAAUAACAUGGCUAUAUACAGGGAGUACCAAUACCGAGUUGAUAUGCAGGGGUACGAGGUGAGUGUGUGACGUCAGUAUGCAUGUGUGUGCAUUUAUUUUGUGUGUGGGCAUAUGUAGUGUGUGUGUGUGUGUGUGUGAGUUGUGGUGUAAGUGUAAUUAAGUAUGUGUAGGUAGAGUCCAGUGUGUGUGCAUAGAGUAAGUGCAAGAGAGUCAGUGCAAAAAAGGGUUAAUGCAGGUAGUCCAGGUAGCCAUUUGAUUAGCUAUUUAGCAGUCUUGUUUAGAAGUCUUAUGGCUUGGGGGUAGAAGCUGUUCAGGGUCCUGUUGGUUCCCGACUUGGUGCACUGAUACUACUUGCCGUAAGGUAGCAGAGAGAACAGUCUAUGGCUUGGGUGGCUGGAGUCUUUGACAAUUUCUUGGCAACCUACUGUACUGGUAACCUGUACCUAAUCUGUACCUAACUAAGCCUAAAUACAUUUUUUUCACAGGUUCCUGUUCUUCUCAGACUGGGACUCUCUGAAUGGAGAGCCAGGUUUGGAGCGGGCUUACAUGGAUGGCACCAAUCGCUAUGGGAUCAUCAGGACUAAAUUGGGCUGGCCAGCAGGGAUCACACUGGAUAUUGAUGCCAAGCGAGUCUACUGGGUAGACAGCCGCUAUGACUAUAUUGAAACCACCACAUAUGAUGGGCUUCAUAGGUAAGCAUACCAGAUAUUUUCCUUAUGAAAGAGCUCAAAUUGGAUGUUUUUUGGCCAAAUGUCUGGAGAGACCAUAUGUAAGAAGUCAAAACAAUGCAGGUUCCCUGUCUCUCACAAUGGGAAAUGUACAGUCUGCUCAUGGUAUUCUCUCCACCUUUCAGGAAAACAGUUGUCCAUGGAGGUGCUGUGAUCCCCCAUCCCUUUGGCAUCAGUCUGUUUGAGCACACUGUGUAUUUCACUGACUGGACCAAGAUGGCCGUGAUGAAAGCCAACAAGUUCAGUGACACUAACCCUCAGGUGGUCUACACCACAUCUCAGACCCCGCAUGGAGUGCAAGUGGUACACCAACUAAGACAACCAUAUGGUAAGCAUGUCACGGGUACAACUACACUGAUCUGUCCCACUUCUGCAUGUUCUGUCAGUGACUGAGCGUGUGUUGUGUUGACAGUGGCGAAUCCUUGCGGCGCAGACAGGGACGGCUGUGAGCAGAUCUGUAUUCUAAGCCACAGGUCAGACAACCAAGGACUGGGCUUCCGCUGCAGGUGUCGAAUGGGCUACGACCUGCAUGCUGAUGGCAAGAGAUGUGUUGGUAAGACCAACACAUAAACCUCGUUUUGCUUUUUCUCUAUUAACAUUGGACUUGGAACACUUCAAUGUGCUGUGUCCUUUAUACUGUGAAUGCCCAUGUGGUGUGAAAUAUGAGGUAGAAGAUUGGUGGUGGAUGUCUUCUUAUCUCGUUCUAGCGGUGAGGCAGUUCCUACUCUUCUCCAGCCAGCUGGCUGUCCGAGGCAUCCCGUUCAACUUGUCCUCUCAGGAGGAUGUCAUCCUUCCUGUCACUGGAACGCCCUCCUACUUCGUUGGGGUGGACUUCAGCGCAGAGGACGAUGCCAUCUUCUUCUCAGACACGGCCAAAGACAUCAUCUACAAGCAGAAAGUGGAUGGCACCGGUGAGAGCGGCCUACAUUUAUUUGGUUGGAUUGAUGACUCGAUACUGUAUGUAGAAUCAAACACUGAAUUUUCUGUUAAAUAUAUUUUUAUUACUGAAUUUGUAGGUCAUUAUUACUUAGUGUGUUUUCCAUUUAUUAGAAUGUGAAGAAAUACUUUUUUGUAACCAUGGUUACAUCCCUACAUAUAUCCUUUCAAACAGAGAGUUCAAGCAUGUGAUCCAGCCGAGCUUAUACCGGCAGUUAGGGGAGUGCCUUAUGGAGCCGGGUAGUGCAAUGGGGGAGGAAGGGAGAGAGGGAGGGAGGGAGAGAAGGAGGAAGGGAACGGACAAGAGCAUGGACAGCAGUGAAACUAUCACGUAACAGCUCAAAGUCAGGCUCCAGAAUGUGAUAAAACAAACACUGGGAACAUAAUUAAUAAAGGUUGUAGAAGAUUCAAUAUUUAUCUUCUAACUUACAUGUAAAAUAAGUUACUAAUGUGGUAAAGAAAUUCCAGUAGAAAAUGAAACCACAAUCUGUACUGGCCAGUGGUGUUGUUUUUGCAACAUAGGGUUGACCAGCCCUAGUUUUCUCUGUCAGGUCUACAUAGGACAAAUGCAAGCUGACAGUCUAUUUACUUAAAUGUGUUCCUCUUUCAUCUCCGUAUUAAAUGGCGGUGUCACCGCUUUGAUUUUCCCAGGCAGGGAGGUGCUAGCUGCCAAUAGAGUGGACGGCGUGGAGGACUUGGCUUACGACUGGAUUUCAAAGAACCUCUACUGGACGGACCCACGCUUCAGGAGUAUUUCAGUCAUGAAGGUGGCCGAUCAGUCCAGGAGAGCCAUCAUACGCAACCUGAACAACCCCAGGUCCAUCGUGGUGCACCCUGUGAUUGGGUAAAUACAGCUUGGCUGGAGCUGAGGAGGGGGGGUCAGGGAGAGAGGCUUGGUGCCACUUCCAACCUCUGUUGCAACAAAAACAAAAAAAGGGAGGGAGAGCAGAUAUGAUAGGCUUAUAUAUCUUGUUGAUGCUUGAAGAAUGCUGACUUUACCGCUGAAUACAUGCUUUUUACAGCAUAAUAUCCUAAUUUAAAUGUUUGGUUCUAUUCAAUUCAUUAAUAUAAAUGCUAAUAAGUUAAUAUUUGUUUAAGAUUCAUUUAAAGGACCAUAGGAUGUCAAAGGGAAACAAAGUUAGUGUGUGAAAUCGGUCAAGUACUCCAAUGUCCUGGGCAUGCACAAUUUAGUGAGGGCAUUAGCCAGAACCAGCAGAGCUCAGAGGCCCAUGCUUUCAUCUUGGAUCCCUGCCUCUUAAGAACAUGAAAAAGCAUUAGCAAACUGAGCAGUUGUCUAGUCACACCUAGUAUAAUGCGAGAGGUACCGACCCAUUCAUAGAUUGUUCGCGCUUUAAAUCCCAAACCUGAUAAAAGGACUCUUUAUUUAGUGCUAGUGGGACAUUUCCAAUAGCUUCAAAGUCAUAAGGCCUCUGGGUCCAAUAGCCUAGAUUAGUGCUGCAUGAAGGCCAGUAUUGUAGUGAACACUAAGAACUUGGCUUAAACGGAAAAAGCCCUGUGGAGCUCUGAAAUAAACUGUCUAUAUUUCUCAGUUCAUAAAAGAUUUUGAAGUGGUCCUAAAGCCAGAGUCUACUUCGGUUGAGGUGAAAAAUACACUAUGAUCUUUUCCCAUAUAAAUGUGAGUGUUGGUUAAUGUGUAUGUUUUCUUUGGCAGGUAUAUUUUCUGGACCGACUGGUACCGUCCAGCGAAGAUUAUGAGGGCCUGGUGUGAUGGGUCACAUGCUCUGUCGAUUGUGAACACUACUCUUGGCUGGCCCAAUGGCCUUGCUAUCGACUGGAGGUGAGCCAAUGGUCCCAGAGCCUAGCAGGACCAAAGGAAUGGCCUCACAAUACGCCAUUCUUCCUCUUCCAGUAAUACUCCAUCAAGAAAAGAAAUAGCAAUUUCAUUCAUAACAAAUAGAUCAUUAGGAUUGACUUUGUCACUACAUUUCAACAUUGUGCCACGAUUUGCAUUGAGUUGAAAUCAUGCUAUUGUUCACCCAUCUACAGAUGUAGGAUCUUAAUUUGACCUGUAUUGUAAGAGCAAAAUAAUCUUGCAUCAACAAGAUUUUAACGUUUAGUCUAUAAUGUUGCUUGAUUGGUGGUUAGGUUAUUAACUGGUCAAAAUGAGGCUGCAUGAAAAGUGGAAUACUGUUAAUCUGUUAGUAUGUUAGUGCGGGUUUUUAGUGAAUUUAUGUAAAUCACAAAGCUCAUCUGCAUUUCCUGCGGUGCAGGAAAAUUCUCAGCAACAAAAGAGUGAUCAAAUUAAGAUCCUACGUUUGUAAGAUCUCAUUAAGCCUCUUAUCAGACUGAUCUUCCCUAAUACUCCUCCUGACAAUAUGUUUGUGCAACAGUGUUUAAUAAUGUCUGUCCUACUGGUCCUGUCUCCCCCCAGCUCCAUGCGCCUGUACUGGGUGGAUGCCUUCUUUGAUAAGAUCGAACACAGCACCUUUGAUGGACAGAACAGGCUGUCUUUGGAGCGCAUCACUCAGAUCUCACAUCCUUUUGGUCUCACCAUUUUUGGAGGUGAUUCAAUUUUCUCCUUUUUAAAUUCACGAAGAAUGGAAUGCAAAACUAUUCCAUCAGUUGCAUUUAAAGCUACCUUGUUAUUGUAUAAAAGCUUUCAUCGUUAGAAUUUCAUUACUACUUGUCAAUCCAGCUUGAUUGAUGAUCAUUAGAGAGAGCAAUUACCGUGUCAUCUCAAACAUUAGUUCAGUGAUGAUAUGAGAUAAAAUAGCUAAUGUCAUAGGUUGUGCCCUGGUAUUCCCAAUGCCGGGUCUCAGUUUCAUGAGCAUUCCUGCUUGGCCCAUCCAGGUUAUGCAUAUUUCACUGACUGGCGCCUGGGUGGGAUCGUGCGUGUGCGCAAGACUGACGGGGGAGAGAUGGUCAUCAUCAGGCGGGGAAUCAGCCACAUCAUGCAUGUCAAAUCUUUCAACUCCAACUCCCAGACUGGUGAGAAACUCUUUCAUUGUUUUCCCUGCUGCAGUGUUUAUGUUAUGGAGGAUAACUCUGUGGCCAUCACUGGAUUCAUUCAUGAUAUCCUUUGCUACCCCUCUCAGGUUCCAACUUCUGCAAUAGGAAUACUAACCCUAAUGGAGACUGCAGCCAUUUCUGCUUCCCGGCGCCGGACUCCCAGAGGGUGUGUGGCUGUCCGUAUGGCAUGAAGCUGGCGCCCAGCCAGCAGACAUGUGUAGAGGACCCUUCCAACGAGCCCCCCACGCUGCAGUGCGGUUCCAAUUCCUUCUCCUGCACCAAUGGGAAAUGUGUCCCUCAGAACUACAGAUGUGACGGCGUUGACGAUUGCCAUGACAACAGUGAUGAGGCCAACUGUGGCGGAGCUCAUAGUAAUGCAUUAUGUUAUGUUUCAAUGGAGUAUACUAACUGUUUGUCACUCGAGGCACAUUAUUGGGGCAUUAGAAAUAAUCUUUAAUAUACUUAUACUUAUAUUUUGGAUACUUUAGUAUACUUAGAAUGGCUUGUUACAGUGUUAGAAAGUAGCAAAAAAUUUAUGUUUCAUUAAUCCUUACUUUUCUUUCUCAGACACUACCUGCUCACCCAGGGCAUUCUCCUGUGCCAACCAGCACUGUGUGCCCAGUGGAUGGCACUGCGACGGGCACAACGACUGCUUUGACGGCAGUGACGAGCGGGACUGCCCCACCCAGACCCCUGGCACCUGCGCGGCCAACCAGUUCACCUGUGCCAACAACCGCUGUGUCCCACACACCUGGGUGUGUGACACGGACAACGACUGUGAAGACGGAUCGGACGAGGCCAACUGCAGUGAGUCUCCUAGUCAAGGAUCACUUUUAUUUUCACACAUUUACUAUAGGAGUAAUUCCUCUGUUGUUGAGUGUCUUUUUGUGAAUGUCUGUCAGUCAUGAUGUGUUGCAUCUAACUGUUAGCUCCAUUGGUCUCUCUGUGUUGGCAGACCUCAGUGGUACAUGCCACCCGGAACAGUUCCAGUGCCCAGACCACCGCUGUAUAGGCCCCAGCUAUGUCUGUGACGGAGACAGAGACUGUAUGGAUGGGGCUGACGAAAAGGGCUGCAGUGAGUGUCUCUGUAUUAUUUCUGCACUGUACUGUAUUUAGGAACUUACAUAGUUGGACAGCACCAACAACAAGUGUCACACAAUUUCAAGUCAAUUGAAUAUACUGUAAACACAAGCAUACAUUAGCCUCUUAUCCCAUUGAUCUUAUUCCAUGUGUAUUUAACAGUACACACAAUGACUUUGCAUCUAAACGCCAUCCUUCAUUGUUGUUUUUGCAGUUUACAACUGCACUCUCUAUGAGUUCAAGUGUUCUAAUGGACAUCAGUGUAUCAACUCCUACUACCGCUGUGAUGGGGUCUUUGACUGUAGCGAUCACUCAGAUGAGUCUGGCUGUCGUAAGUUUUCAACUUCUUUGUUUUAAGUCACAAGAAAAUGUAAUGAUCAGUUUAUAUAUUCUCCUUUCUUGCCUUCCUCACUGCUAUCAGACGAUCGCGAGCCCUUACCAGGUAGGAACAACCUCAAUCAUUGGUUAAACCUCACGUGUAGCUUUGAUUCAUCCCAAAACCUGCCAUCCACACUAACCCUCUGAAUAUGGGUAGAAUGUUGCAAAACACAAUUGUAUAUAUAUAUUUUUGUCUGUAGUGACAUGUAGAAUGUACACAUAGUGGGUUUUGAUACAGAGUAGAAAUGCAAUGGCUGUUGUAAGUAUCCAACUUCUUUGUUUUGAGUCACAAGAAGAAAAUAUAAGGAUUAGUUUAUACAUACAGAGUUGAUCAACCAACUGGUCUUAGAGCACAGCAGUUUGAGCAAUACUCUCAGUGAAGUGACAUCAUCUCUAAGGUUCUGUUGUGUCUUCCUCCGGAGCUUCAGCCACACUUCACUAAACUGUCUGACCUUGCCUUCUCCUGCUGUGCCCAGCCACCAGACCCCCAGGGAUGUGCCACCAUGAGAGUGAGUACCAGUGCCAGUCAGACGGCAGCUGUAUCCCCUCUACCUGGGAGUGUGACGGCCACCCGGACUGUGAGGACGGCUCAGACGAGCACCACGUCUGUCCCCCCCGCACCUGCCCCACCACCCUGUUCCGCUGUGACAAUGGCAACUGUGUGUACCACGGGUGGCUCUGCGACGGCGACAACGACUGUAGGGACAUGAGUGACGAGAGAGACUGCCCCACGCCACCUUUCCGCUGCCCUAGCUGGCAGUGGCAGUGCCCGGGCCACAGCAUGUGUGUCAACAUCAGCAGGGUGUGUGACAACAAACCUGACUGCCCCAAUGGUGCAGACGAAUCCCCGCUCUGCAGUAAGUCACCAUCUCUGGUUCUCUGCCUUUUUUAGGCCAGCCUGCUAAUAGUGUCAUGUUACGAAAAUGAAGUGCACUCUUUGUAAUUUUUCUCUUUGUAAUUUUCUAGUUUCACUGGUCACUUGAAAUCUAGACAUAUUUUGCACAGCAUUUCUGGUCACCAACGAAUUGAGUGCGUUAAUGUUUGUGAGGAAUUUUUGUUAUGUGUGGAAUCUUGUGUUCAAAUCAUGCAUGUGUUGAUUUGGUCUGUAUUAACUUAAAAGUGAUCUAUGAUUUUCCUUUCUUGCCUUCCUCACUGCUUUCAGACGAGCCCUUGCCAGGUAGGAACAACCUCAAUCAUUGGUAAAACCUCACGCGUGUAGCUUUGAUUCAUCCCAAAACCUGCCAUCCACACUAACCAUCUCAAUAUGGGUAGAAUGUUGCAAAACACAAUUGGAGGAUAAAAGGAAAUUCUUGUCUGUAGUUACAAAUGUAGAAAAUGUGUUUCAGAAUGUAUAAAUGGUGGGCUUUGAAGAAAUUCAAUAGAUAUCAUCUAGGGUAGAUGAUGCUGUGACGAUGCUCUAUUUGUAGCACUGUGAUUAAUUGAGCAGCUAGCUAUAGUAGUGUCUUCAUUCAGUUUGUUCAUUUAUCCACAUUGCCUGUUAUGUAUGACACCAAGGUGUUUCAUUUUCUUACCAUCUGUUAUCCACUCUCUCCUCUUCUUACCCUCCUAGACCAGGAGAGCUGCACUGACAACAAUGCAGGUUGCACCCACGGUUGCAUCCAGGGGCCGUUUGGGGCCCAGUGCACGUGUCCCAUGGGCUACCAGCUGAGUAAUGACUCGAAGACGUGUGAUGACAUAGAUGAGUGUAGCCCCCCUGGCCUGUGUAGCCAGCACUGCUUCAACGAGAGAGGCUCCUUUCGCUGUCACUGCUCAGACGGAUACACUCUGGAGGCUGAUCAACGCACAUGCAAGGUCUCAGGUGAGGAGGACGAUGUGUGUGUGGGGAGGGGGGGGUUGAAUAUGCUUUUUGUGCUCUUUUUGUGCUCUUAGAAACAAUUACUCACAUACAUUUAGUCCACAACAUACUCAAUUAUGUUUCCUCUAAACAUAAUAGGCCUAAUUUCAAAAUAAGACACAUCCUCCCACUGUGGAUUAAAUCCAGUCUCCUAGAUGACAGGCAGAGAUGGAUAUACAAUAUAUCUGAUUGGCCCACACAGACAUGAUAAACUGUCCAGUGGCUGGACAGGACAGGACAGGAAUGAUCUAAAUGGAGCCGGUGUUGGCCCCAGACCGCCGGCGGAUGCACUCUCUCUCUUCUUCAUUCUCUCCCCACUCUACUCUGAUUUCCCCAGAUAAGACAAAUAACAUAUAUGUCACUCAAUGACUCUCUCUCAGGGUAAUUAGGACAUCAUCAACAACAAAGGGCUUUUUUAUGAGCAGUGUGCCUGACAUGAGCCCAUCUACCUCAAAGAUAACCAGCUGAAAAGCCCUGUAAUUCAAUCUGCCAGUAUUCCCAACAAGGCUGCAUUGAUUCCCUGCUGUAGAUAUCUGAGGAGCUCAAUUGAUCUUGUUUUGUACUUUAAGGAAUCAUUUUCUAUAGCUGAUGAGAAGUCUCAUUUGAAUUAUAAUGCACAGGUGAGAAGAGAGUGUUUUUUGUUUACAGGUUCACGUGAGGCUUUCCUUUUAGUCGCCAGCCGAAAUCAGAUUGUGUCCGAUGACAUAACCACUCAGCCCAAUGUGGUCCGCUCGCUGGUCCGGGAUGGACGAAACAUUGUGGCGCUGGACUUUGACUCAGUGACUGAUCGUGUGUACUGGUCUGACACCAGCCAGGACAGAAUAUGGAGCGCUCACAAAAAUGGCAGCGACAGGGCUGUGGUGAGUAUCGAAUGCCCUUCCAUUUCCCACAAAAAUGCUACAUUUUCUACAUUCUUUAGGGAAAUGAAUGAACUCCAGUCACUUAAACAUAUGUGUGUUGAUUUGACAGGUUUUUGACAGUGGAGUGACAGUGACAGAGAGCCUGGCAGUGGAUUGGGUGGGCAGGAACCUGUAUUGGACUGACUAUGUUCUGGAGACCAUUGAGGUGUCCAAACUGGAUGGCACCCAAAGGACUGUCUUGGUCAGUGAGAAUGUGACCAAUCCCAGAGCCCUUGUGCUUGACCCAAGGGACAGGUGAGGCUCAUCUUUAGAGAGUAGAGUACACUGUGGAAAUACAAAUGUAAUGAAUGAAAACAGCGUAAUUGACUGUAACUAUAACAGUUGAUCUAUUGUGCAGUGCUCACCUCAUGUUCUGGACAGACUGGGGGAGGAACCCUCGCAUUGAGAAGGCCAGUAUGGACGGGAAGAUGAGGACAACCAUCAUAAGCAACAAACUGUACUGGCCCAACGGCCUAACCAUUGACUAUCCCAACAAUCUGCUCUACUUCGCGGAUGCCUACCUGGAUUUUAUUGACUACUGUGAUUACAAUGGCAAAAACAGGAAACAAGUUCUGGCCAGCGAUCUGGUGAGCAAAUUGAAAUUUUUCUUUACAUAGAUAUGAUAUCAUUGAUAUACGCCGAACAAAAAUAUGACUGCAACAUGUAAAGUGUUGGUCCCAGGUUUCAUGAGCUGAAAUAAAAUAUUCCAGAAAUGUUCCAUACACACAAAAAGUGUAUUUCUCUCAAAUGUUGUGCACAAAUUUGUUUACAUCCCUGUUAGUGACCAUUUCUCCUUUGCCAAGAUAAUCCAUCCACCUGACAAGUGUGGCAUAUCAAGAAGCUGAUUAAACAGCAUGAUCAUUACACAGGUGCACCUUGUGCUGGGGACAAUAAAGGGCCUCUCUAAAAUGUACAGUUCUGUCACACAACACAGUGCCACAGAUGUCUCAAGUUUUGAGGGAGCGUGCAAUUGGCAUGCUGACUGCAGGAAAGUCCACCACAGCUGUUGCCAGAGAAUGUAAUGUUAAUUUCUCUACCAUAAGCCGCCUCCAACGUCGUUUUAGAGAAUUUGAAAGUACGUCCAACUGGCCUCACAACCGCAGACCACAUGUAACCACGCCAGCCCAGGACCUCCACAUCCGGCUAUUUCACCUGUGGGAUCGUCUGAGUCCAGCCACCUGGACAGCUGAUGACACUGUGGGUUUGCACAACCGUAGAAUUUCUGCACAAACUACCAGAAACCAUCUCAGAGAGUUCAUCUGUGUGCUCGUCGUCCUCCACCAGGGUCUUGACCUGACUGCAGUUCGGUGUCGUAACCGACGUCAGUGAGCAAAUGUUCACCUUCGAUGCCCCCUGGCACGCUGGAGAAGUGUGCUCUUCACGGAUGAAUCCCAGUUUCAACUGUACCGGGCAGAUGGCAGACAGUGUGUGUAUGGUGUCGUGUGGGCGAGCGGUUUGCUGAUGUCAACUUUGUGAACAGAGUGCCCCAUGGUGGUGGUGGAGUUAUGGUAUGGGCAGGCAUAAGCUACGGACAACGAACACAAUUGCAUUUUAUAGAUGGCAAUUUGAAUGCACAGAGAUACUGUGACGAGAUCCAGAGGCCCAUUGUCAUGCCAUUCAUCCGCCGCCAUCACCUAAUUUACAAAUGUCUCAGGACUUUAGGUACCUUUUAAGGGGAGGACCUUAAUGGGUUAUGAAAGAAGAAUUCACUACAAAACAGUUCUGAAAUCUGGGAUGUGAAAUCUGAUGCUCAAUAUCUCAGAACUAUGCUUAGUGCUGAUAGAACCUAAAAGUCCCAAGUUCAAAAAAACGUUGUCUAUUUAUUGAGGAACCAGACAGCCCUUUUCAUUAUUUUGUUUACAACCCAUUUUGAUUAUGUAAUAAUUAACAAAUGCAAGGUUCAUAACUCAAUUAUCUAUUUCAAGCAGUUUUGACAUACCAAAAGACCAGUAGGCCUAUGCUAGUAAUUGUUGCUUGAGACCCCAUUGCUGGUGACCAUGAAAAGUAAACAAACAAUUUUGGGAUCUGCAUAUUUAUUUAUGUCAAUCCUCUCUCCCUACAAUUUGACCUUUGCUCUGCACCCGAUUCAAUAGCUGUACAGCAAAUUGGCAAUCUGUUUGCUGGCUCAGAUGUUCUCAAACUAUUUGGCCCGCGAACCGCAAAAAGUGGUUCAAAGCUUGCGACCUCCGCGCACGCACAUGCACGCACGCACAGGUGAAGCAUUUUCAAAACACAAGAUACAGAAAUAAACUGCAUUUUACACCUUCAUUUUGAGCUGAAAGUCAUUCAUGUUAACAGUCAAUAUCAACUAGGGAUAUCAUGUCACAUUUUAACUUCUCUGGAGUCCAAAGCAAGCAGGAUCAUACGGCCUACCUGUAUGCAGCUGGGGUUGCAGGAUUGGAUGGAAAGCAUGAUCUGUCAGUAGCCUUUUUCUUCCUCACAAAUAUCGUAAUUAAUUAGCCAAUUAAUGUUACAUCUUCAUCCCAUAAGUAUUGAAGGUAGUGCGAUGUUACAGUUAUCUUUAGACAUAAGGCAGUACCACCACUGAGGUAUAUAAUCCACCCAAACUAGGACUAUAUGAAAUAUGAAAAUGAUCAAUGAAAUCACCAGCCUAUUGUUCCGGCAAAGAUGAGUCAGUAGCAGAUUGCUAAACUGAAAUUGAUAUGGAUAAUAUUAACGUAGGUAGGCUACUCUGCUUUUGCCAGGCAAAACGGAAAGAAUUAACCAAGUGAUUUAUUUCUGGUUACUAAUCUGGAUAUGUGCGCUCGCCUUUGCGCGCCAAUGCUUUUCUGGUUCUGAAAGACAGAUAACAAUAAUUUGGUGCAAUGCGGUAGACCUAUGUUAAUGACCAGAUCGAAUAAGCAAAGGUAUAAAUAUAACAUUGAAAUGGUAGGCUACGGUUUUUACAGUGGUGGAAAAAGUACCCAAUUUUCAUACUUGAGUAAAAGUAAAGAUACCUUAAUAGAAAAUGACUCAAGUAAAAGUGAAAUUCACCCAGUAAAAUUCUACUUGAGUAAAAGUCUAAAAGUAUUUGUUUUUAAAUAUACGUAAGUAUCACAAGUAAAUGUAAUUUCUAAAAUAUACUUAAGUAUCAAAAGUAAAAGUAAAGUAUAAAUAAUUUCAAAUUCCUUAUAUUAGCCAAACCAGACGACACGGUUUCUUUGUAUUUUUUAUUUACAGAUAGCCAGGGGCAUGCUCCAACACUCAGACAUAAUUUACAAACGAAGCAUUUGUGUUUACUGAGUCCGCCAGAUCAGAUGCAGUAGGGAUGACCAGGGAUUUCUUCUUGAGAAGUGCGUGAAUUGGACAAGUUUCCUAUCCUGCUUCAAAAUGUAACGAGGACUUUUGGGUGUCAGGGCAAAUGUAUGUAGUAGAAAGUACAUUAUUUUCUUUAGGAAUGUAGUGGAGUAAAAGUGAAAGUUGUCCAAAAUAGAAAUAGUAAAGUACAGAUACCCCAAAAAACGACUUAAGUAGUACUUUAAAAUAUUUUUACUUAAGUACUUUACACCACUGAUUUUUUUAUGUAUUUUUCUCAUUCAGUUUCACACUCUUGACCCCCCAAAACCUUCUCACUGCGCUACCAGUGUUGAUUGACAGUUUGCUGGUCCAAUCAGAGGGCAGAGUGUGCGUUUCACUAGCAAGUGCGAUACUACUGUCUCUGGCUGCGUGAAGAGUAGCCUGAUCCACAGAGACUUUGCCACAAAAUGAGUGACAAAACGUUACAAAACCAGCCCAGAUAAUUUCAAGUCAUCAGUCUCAAAUCUAAGUCGAGUCCCGAGUCUUGAGGCUCCAAGUCGAAGUCAAGUCUCAAGUUGUUAAAUUUUUUAUCAAAUUGAGUCUCAAGUCAUCAAAUUUGUGACUGGAGUCAGACUGGAGUCCAAGUCAUGUGACUCGAGUCCACACCUCUGCAAAGAACCCUAGAACAACAUCCAGGCCUCUCUCACCCCGGCUAAGGUCAAUGUUCAUGAUUCCACUAUCAGAAAGACACUGGGCAAAAAUGGGAUUCAUGGCAGAGUAGCAAGGUGGAAAACAUUGCUCACUAAGAAGAACAUGAAUGCUCGUCUCAAGUUUAGCAAAAAGCACCUGGAUGAUCCUCAAGAGUUCUUGGACAAUGUUCUUUGGACAGAUGAGUCAAAAGUGGAACUUUUUGGCUGACAUGGGCCCCGUUAUGCCUGGCGAAAACCAAACACAAAUUCCACAGUAAGAACCUCAUACCAACGGUCAAGCAUGGUGGUGGUAGUGUCAUGGUUUGGGGAUGCUUUGCUGCAUCAGGACCUGGACGCCUUGCCAUCAUUGAAGGAACCAUGAAUCCUGUUCUGUAUCAGAGGAUUCUACAGGAGAAUGUCAGGCCAUCCCUCCGUGAGCUGAAGCUGAAGCGCAGCUGUGUCAUGCAGCAAGACAAUGAUCAAAAAUACACAAGCAAGUCUACAUCAGAAUGGUUGAAGAAUAAGGAAUUUAAAGUUUUGUAACGGCCUAGUCAAAGUCCAGACCUAAACCCCAUUGAGAUGUUGUGGCAGGACCUGAAACGAGCAGUUCAUGCUCGAAAACCCACAAAUGUCACUGAGUUGAAGCAAUUCUACAUGGAGGAGUGGGCUAAAAUUCCUCCACGGCGAGAGAGACUAACUGAUAACUACAGGAAGCAUUUGGUUGCAGUUAUUGCAGCUAAAGCUGGCGUAACCAGUCAUUGAGUCUAAGGGGGUGAUUACUUUUUCACAUGGGGCAUUGGUUUUGCAUUACUUUAGUUAAUAAAUAAAUGAAAUAUGUAUAACAUCUUUGUGUUAUUUGUUCACUCAGGAUCCCUUUUAUAUAAUAUUAGGUUUCGGUUGAAGAGCUGAUAACAUUCAGUGUCAAAAAUAUGCAAAAAUGCAGAAAAUCUGAUGGCGCAAAUACUUUUUCACACUUUUUAACUCAGUCAAAUCUUUGAAAUUGUUGCAUGUUGCGUUUAUAUUUUUGUUCCUUGUAGAUGUUAUUAAUAUAGUUUUUUAAGCUAAGAGAACAUUACAUACAUAAUAUCAUUUAAAUUCAAAUUUGCCUAUUUACUCUUUGUGUGGAAUAAUAUCAAUAAAAUGCACUUCUUGUCUUUUGCUGCUCUCAAUAAAAAGGUACUGCAACAUCCCCACGCAAUUACCAUUUUUGAGGAUUUUGUGUAUUGGACCGACAGAUACAUCAACCGCGUUAUCCGAGCUCAUAAGUGGCACGGGGAGAACCAGACAGUGAUGCUCUACAACCUUCCUCAGCCCAUGGGCCUGGUGGCAGUACACCUGUCCAGGCAGCCUGCAGGUAGGACAGGGACUCAGAACUGCCCCCCCCAGAACUUUGCACUGCCCCCCCCCCAGAACAUUCUAGGACAUACAGUAGUAUAUGGUAGGCCAACUGAAAACACAUAUUUGGCAUGGUGAUAUCAUAAGCUAGUAUUGCCACAGUACAGUAUUGACAUUGUAUUUGAAAUGACAUUUUAGAAUGAAACCAGAGGUGACUGAACACUGUUGACUUUUUUUUCUUGUGUGUGUUAUUGGACCUGUGUGCAGGUGAAAACCACUGCUUUAGCAGCCCCUGUUCUCAUAUCUGUCUGCUGUCGGCCGUGGGGCCCAGCUUCUACUCCUGUGCCUGCCCGUCAGGCUGGACCCUGGCUGCAGACCAAAUCACCUGUGCCAGAGGUAGGCUCCAUGCCAACCUGAGGGAAACACUCAUCACUCACAGUUUGAUUAAAAAGGAAGUGAGGUCAGAUGGAACAGAUAGAUUGUAACAUUCAUAACUCAUAAAGAUUUUAUUAAUGGAGUAGGAAUUGCUGUAAAUCCUUCUCAAACCUACAAACAGUGCUGCUCUUUGCAAAUAUAUUUUAAGGGGGCCUAUCUAGCUCUCAGUUGGUAAAAUUAGAAAUCUAGAGCGCCGGACUCAUAUUUUAAAGGCUAGGGACUUGUCAACAGUAUCCCAUUUAAAUUCUGUUGUAAAAUCCCUUUCCAGAAGUAAAUAUUUAGGAUCAUAAAAGUGUGGCUAAGGUUUCAAUAAGACAAGGGACCUUUAAUGUGAAGUCCAGAGAGUCCUCUUUAGGUCAACAGCUUAACCCAUCUCAGGUUGCAGUGCUUCAGCUUUUUCUAGCCGUGCAGAACGCAUUCUCCCCUGAGAGGUGAAUUACCCAAGAAUGAAAAUGCCCCCGAGCUAUCCAUUGAUUAUAAUCUCUGAUGACAAAGCAAAUCAGACUGUGGAACAAACUUUCACCAGCCUGUCGGAACCCCCUCCUCUUUCAACCUUCUUUCAACAUUAAGAGGUCAUAGGAAGAUAGUAUGGUGAUACCACAUUGUGGUAUUUUUCCUGUUAAAAAAAACGAAAAUCAGUGCCCAGUAGGCUAUAGACAUGUCCAUUUGGAGCCAUCAUGUCUUGUUUGGUGAUGAAUACUUAUGUUUUCCUGUAGUUGAGGAUCCUUUCUUGGUGGUGGUGAGAGACAGUGUCAUAUACGGCAUUUCCUUGAACCCGGAUGACAAGAGCAACGAUGCCAUGGUGCCUGUUGCUGGACUUCAGAAUGGAUACGAUGUGGACUUUGACAACACUGAGCAGACCAUCUAUUGGGUGGAGCACCCGGUAAGUGUUUGCACUGUCCACACAAACAGAGACCUAAAGUGAUACUACUCUACUGUCCCUAGGCUCUGACAAACCCUGUCCCUUCUCCUCUGUAGGGUGAGAUCCACAGGGUGAAGUCAGACGGUACCAACAGGACAGAGUUUGCCCCGGCAGCCAUCCUGGGUUCCCCUGUGGGCCUGGCACUGGACUGGAUAACAGAGAACCUGUACUACACCAACCCAGCCACCCAGUCUAUUGAGGUGAGCUGAAACAUCCAUACUGUCUAUGCUCCUGUAGAAAACAACGCAGUUAUUUCGGAAAAUGAAUGGUACUGACAGUGAUCAUCGUAUUUAGAAAAUAAAGUAGUUAUCUUAGUUGGUUUCCCUCUAUCAGGGGUAUAUCUGAUACAGUAUGUGCGUGCGUUUGUGUGUUUUGUCAGGUUUUGAGGCUGAGAGGGGAGAUGCAGUACAGAAAGACUCUAAUAACCAAUAAUGGCUCCCCGACUGGCGCAGGCACUCCGGUUGGCAUCGCUGUGGACCCGGCACGUGGGUAAGCCCCAUUUUAACACUGCUCUGGCACGGCUGCUCAUCCCCACAGUCACUGAGCCCUAUCUGCCUGCCUGCCAUCUGCUCCAUCCCCAGAGAGAGGCUUACCAUUGUUACUGUACACCACACAACACAAUGCACUCCAACAAGCCAACACCAGGGAAUAUGUACACCUAUCACCUAUUCAUUGUUAGCAUAUCAAAUGUGUAAUGACAUAAUAAAAAAAAUAUAUGCACAUCCAAUUUAUCAGCUGCAGGACAGAAGAACGUAUCAAAGAAAAGGGAAUGUCCGCAACUCUGGUAAUCAGAAGCACAAACAGUUGGAUCGAAACGUUUUGUGCGUCUCAUUAUAUCACCAUGGGAGCAUACCUUUAUUCUUUAAUGACAUAAUUGAGACAUACAUUUCUCACUUAAUCUCACACAUGGACUUUGAUUGAAUCUGUUGUAGAUGUUCUCAUAUGAGGUGAUUGAGAUGCUGAGGGGCUGUAUUCAUAGCUGUGUCUCUCUGUUAGGAAACUGUACUGGACAGACCAGGGCACAGAGAGUGGCAUCCCUGCCAAGGUAGCGGCUGCAGACAUGGACGGUUCCAACCCUGUCACCCUGUUCACCAACAACCUGGAUCAGGUGGAGUUCAUCACUGUGGACAUUGGAGAGAACAAGCUGUACUGGGCUGUCACAGGCGCUGGAAUGGUGGGUCCUCAUCACUCCCUCAACCGCUAUGCCUGUGUCUCAAAUGCCACCCUAUUCCCUAUAUAGUACACUACUUUUGACAAGGGCCCAUAGGGUUCAUGACCAGGAGCCAUACGGCUCUGGUCAAUUAAAGUGCACUAUGUAGGGAAUAGGGUGCCCUAUGGUCCCUAUGAUUCAUAUGUGUCUGACUCUAACAACAUACCCUUAUGUAGUCCACCUCAAUGCUUAUUUUACAUAUAUUUUACAUGUUAAAUCUGGUAUUAAUGGCAGUCUUGAUGUUAUUAAAACCCCACAGAUUGAGCGUGGCGACCCAGACGGGACCAAUCGCAUCACUAUAGUGACAGGCUUGUCCCAUCCCUGGGGCGUUGCUGUUCAUGAGAGCUUCCUGUACUUCACUGACCGGGACUUUGAGGUGAUAGAGCGCGUGGACAAGGCCACCGGGGCUAACAAGGUGGUGCUGCGGGACAAUGUGUCUGGACUGAGAGUACUGAAGGUGCACUACAGGGAGAGUGAGUAUCUGAGCAACCUUAUGGUACACAGCCAAGAAAAUAUGAACCGCACUCCAUUGCGGUGGUUUGAGACCGAAGCAUUGGUUCAAUAAGAUCCAUUAACUUGUUGGAAGCGUCAAGAUUACCAGUGUAUUGGAGUUUUCUUUUUAUUGUGUUGAGUGUUUAAUCAGUAUGCAUACAUACAUAUUUAGUCUGUUAUGCUUUUUGUGGUAAAGAUAUAGCAUUGCUGAAUAAUGGCAUUGCUUCAGCCUUUUUGAAAGCUGUUGGGUAAUUACUAGGGAGAUGGAGUGGAGUAUUAGUUGACCAGUUCCUCUUCCCUUAUUAGGAACACUGGUCAUUGUGUACGGAACAAGCAGUGUUGCUUUGUCCCCUGAAACAGAGCAGAUACUGUAAGUGACAUGGUUUCUGGGAAUAGAACAAGCCUUGAGCCUGAUUUGGCAACAAUGUAUCAAAAUGGUGUUGGCAUCAGAUUAUUCCAAUGAUGACUCAGAAUUGAGGCACAGGUUAUUUUCAGUUCCAGUAAUGUCAUUUGUAAUAGUUUCGUCUCAUUUUGAAAAGUUCCUGACGUCGCGCUUGUUGUCCAUGACCUAGAAGUUGUUUCGGAAUUCUUAAUAAAUGUCUAGUUCUAUUUGGGCAGACUCCUGUUGUAUAUGAAUGAUGUCCUAAUCCACCAUGUGGUCUUUGCCUCUGAAGCCUCGGCUGGUACCUCCAACGGCUGCAGCAACAACAUGGGGGUGUGUGAGCACCUGUGUCUACCCCGGCCCGGAGGCCUGUAUACCUGUGCCUGUGCUACGGGCUUCAAGCUGAGCGCUGACAACAGAACCUGUGCUUCAUACCAGUCCUACGUGGUCAUCUCCAUGCUGUCUGCCCUCAAAGGCUUCAGUCUGGAGGGAGCUGACCACUCUGAGGCCAUGGUCCCAGUGGCUGGGAGAGGUGGGUGUUGUUCAGAUAUAAAACUCCUGCUGCAGGGCAUUAUAACUCUUUAUGUCAUGCAUUUGUAGGCUUUAUGGAUGCUUUAUGAAUGCUACACCAUACCAAGGAAAUAAUACUUUGUUUGGUUUCAGACAAUAUACUCUGAUGUGACAGAGUGACGUUGAAGCAACCACCCAAGUGUUUGUGUCUUACCUCUCUGGUUGUGUCGUGCAGGCCGCAAUGCUCUGCAUGUGGACGUCCACAUGUCCUCUGGGUUCCUCUACUGGUGUGACUUCAGCAGCACCGUGACAUCUCAGAAUGGGAUCCGCCGGAUCAAGCCUGACGGAGCAGGGUUCCACAGUGUGGUCACAUCUGGAAUCGGACGCAACGGGAUACGAGGUAUCGCCGUGGACUGGGCUGCAGGUAGGCAUGUUCCGAGAGCUCAAAUGAAAGGUGUUUAAAUGAUGCCAGCAGUACAAGGGCCCUAUAAAAUCUGUUUUCUUUUUUGCCUGAUUCUUAGUUUUUUCCCAAAUUGCUUUUUCUCCAUUUUGUUUUUCCAGGUAUCAGUUUUUCCCCCCAAAAAAUGGGGGGGUGCUUUUGCUAAAAAAUCACACUUUGUUAAUAGAAAAACAGCAAAAUUGGAUGUUUGAAGUCCACAACAAUCCUUAAACCACAUCAGGAGACCACCUUUGAUGUCUGGGUAAUAUCUAAGACAUUUAGAAUAUUCGGUGUAGUUACCCUUUAAUUAAACUGUGCACCAGCCAGAGACCAUUGUUUUGUAGUUGAUUUCCUGCUAAAUUCAAGACAUUUUUUUUAUAUUGUUGAAUUCCGUUUUACGCAACUCUGAUUUUAUAGAGCUAGAUAGAGGACUCAUCUUUAUAUCUGGGCCAUUAUAGCGUCUGUUGCAGCACGGGCAGUGCCGUUGAGGCUACAAUCCAUAGGAACCCCUGCCCAGUUGACUACUUUGACUACUUUAAAAUGGCGGAAGCAUUGUGGAAGCCCACAAUGGCACUGCCCAUGCUAAAACUGCCUUUUGGCCACUAGAGGCUUCUAUCAUUCUCUAUGGGCCCUACAGCAGGUAGAGGAAGUAAAGGUCAGCCAGCAGUAGGUAUCCAUGGAUACAGCGUAAGAGGCUUCAACACAGGGCCUGACUCCAGAGAGCAGGCUGGCCUAUACAACAGUCAGUUGACUGGAAAUAAAUUAGUAUAUCUGACAGGAGAAUGCUACUUAUCUUGGGACUAUGGCCAAUAAGGAUUUAAAUGAUGGUUAUACUAAAGAAAUGCCGGUUUCCCGGACCCAGACUAUAUAUAAGCCUAUUUCUGCUUUUGGUGUCCAGAAAUAGGCUUAAUCUGGGUGUGGGAAACCAGCUCCUGGUGACUAUGCAAAUUAGCAGGCUUACCCUGUCCUUACGCAACCACUCAAUAAGACCUACAUGACCAGAGGCUUUUCCUAGAUCAUCUAAUCUCCAUUACCCUUUCACUUAUAUAUGUCAACUUGGCUGUGCUUUUCAGGGAACCUCUAUUUCACGAAUGCUUUCCUGACGGAGACCUAUGUGGAGGUUCUGCGCUUGAACACCACUUUCCGACGUGUGCUGUUGAAGACUCAAGUGGACAUGCCACGCCACAUCGUGGUGGACCCUAAAAACAGAUACCUGUUCUGGGCAGAUUACGGACAGAACCCCAAGAUUGAGAGAGCUCUGCUGGAUGGGACCAACCGCACUGUGCUGGUGUCGUCUGGGAUUAUAACCCCGCGAGGUCUGGCUUUGGACUACCAGACUGGAUAUGUCUACUGGGUGGAUGACUCUCUGGAUAUGAUAGCCCGGGUCAACCCUCAGGGGGGUGAGACAGAGGUAGUCCGGUAUGGGAGUCGCUACCCGACUCCCUAUGGCAUCACUGUGUUUGAGACUAGCAUCAUCUGGGUGGACAGGAACCUGAAGAAGGUGUUCCAGGCCAGUAAGGAGCCCGGCAGUACAGAGCAGCCUGCUGUGAUCAGAGACAACAUCAACAUGCUGAGAGACGUGACCAUUUACGACCAGCGCACCCAGCCCAGCUCGGCCCAACAGCUCAACAACAACCCCUGCCUGGAGACUAAUGGAGGCUGUGCCCACUUCUGCUUCGCCCUCCCUGGGAGCCAGACCAAGAAGUGUGGCUGUGCCUUUGGCAACCUGGGGGCAGACAACGAGGGCUGUGUGGUGUCGCGGGAUGACUACCUCAUCUAUACAACAGAGAGCACGGUGCGGAGCCUGCGUCUGGACACGGACGACCACGGACUGCCCUUCCCUGUGGUCAAUGUGCCCGGCACCUCCGUGGCCCUGGACUUUGACCGCACAGACAAUAGGAUCUACUUCACCCAGAGCUCAGGGGCUGGGAGCAGCAAGAUUAGCUUCAUCAGUCUGUCCUCUCCUACCUCACCUCCAGUAGUGGUGGCUUCAGGUAAGACACUUAACAACUAGAUUUGUUUUGUUAUGUUACAAAAUCAUACUGUAAUUAUCUGGUUUCACCUUUUUUGGGCUAUUUGCUUAUUGCAGUACUUUUCUACAUUAAGUGUUGUGUUUUGUGUUUUUGCAGAUCUAGGAGCUCCUGAUGGUAUUGCCUAUGACUGGAUCAAUAAAAGGAUUUACUACAGUGACUACAUCAACCAGUCUAUCAGCUCCAUGGCAGUGGACGGGACUCAGAGAUCCAUCAUCGCCCGUGUGCCCCGGCCUAGAGCCAUAAUGCUGGAUCCUUGCAGGGGGUAAGACUGGCCAGAAAUGCCAAGAAUGCUAAUACCGUUUCACUCCUUCUGUUAUGAUAGCAAGAGCUCUCACUCAGUAUCUUCAAUAGAUAUUCAGCAUGUGUUGAAUGUGCACUGUACCAUCAUUGAUUAACAAUGGGAAAGCUCGUCUUCUUCCAUGUCACACAGAUAUAUGUACUGGACAGACUGGGGGACGAAUGCGAAGAUUGAACGUGCUACUUUGGGAGGGAACUUCAGGACAGAGAUUGUAAACAGUAGUCUGGUGUGGCCCAAUGGACUGACCCUGGACUAUGAAGAGCAGAGACUGUACUGGGCAGACGCCAGCCUGUAAGACCCUCUUAUAAUACUAAACUCAGCAAAAAAAGAAACGUCCUCUCACUGUCAGCUGCAUUUAUUUUCAGCAAUGUGUAAAUAUUUGUAUGAACAUAACAAGAUUCAACAACUGAGACAUAAACUGAACAGGUUCCACAGACAUGUGACUAACAGAAAUGGAAUAAUGUGUCUCUGAACAAAGGGGGGGGUCAAAAUCAAAAGUAACAGUCAGUAUCUGGUGUGGCCACCAGCUGCAUUAAGUACUGCAGUGCAUCUCCUCCUCAUGGACUGCACCAGAUUUGCCAUUUCUUGCUGUGAGAUGUUACCCCACUCUUCCACCAAGGCACCUGCAAGUUCCCGGACAUUUCUGGGGGGAAUGGCCCUAGCCCUCACCCUCCGAUCCAACAGGUCCCAGACGUGCUCAAUGGGAUUGAGAUCCGUGCUCUUCGCUGGCCAUGGCAGAACACUGACAUUCCUGUCUUGCAGGCAAAAAGUGCUCUUCACUGACGAGUCGCGGUUUUGUCUCACCAGGGGUGAUGGUCGGAUUCGCGUUUAUCGUCGAAGGAUUGAGCGUUACACCGAGGCCUGUACUGUGGAGCGGGAUCGAUUUGGAGGUGGAGGGUCCGUCAUGGUCUGGGGGCGGUGUGUCACAGCAUCAUCGGACUGAGCUUGUUGUCAUUGCAGGCAAUCUCAACGCUGUGCGUUACAGGGAAGACAUCCUCCUCCCUCAUGUGGAAUUGUCAUGCUGGAGGGUCAUGUCAGGAAGAGCCUGCAGGAAGGGUACCACAUGAGGGAGGAGGAUGUCUUCCCUGUAACGCACAGCGUUGAGAUUGCCUGCAAUGACAACAAGCUCAGUCCGAUGAUGCUGUGACACACCGCCCCCAGACCAUGACGGACCCUCCACCUCCAAAUCGAUCCCGCUCCACAGUACAGGCCUCGGUGUAACGCUCAAUCCUUCGACGAUAAACGCGAAUCCGACCAUCACCCCUGGUGAGACAAAACCGCGACUCGUCAGUGAAGAGCACUUUUUGCCAGUCCUGUCUGGUCCAGUGACAGUGGGUUUGUGCCCAUAGGCGACGUUGUUGCCGGUGAUGUCUGGUGAGGACCUGCCUUACAACAGGCCUACAAGCCCUCAGUCCAGCCUCUCUCAGCGAAUUGCGGACAGUCUGAGCACUGAUGGAGGGAUUGUGCGUUCCUGGUGUAACUCUGGUAGUUAUUGUUGCCAUCCUGUACCUGUCCCGCAGGUGUGAUGUUCAGAUGUACCGAUCCUGUGCAGGUGUUGUUACACGUGGUCUGCCACUGUGAGGACAAUCAGCUGUCCGUCCUGUCUCCCUGUAGCGCUGUCUUAGGCUUCUCACAGUACGGACAUUGCAAUUUAUUGCCCUGGCCACAUCUGCAGUCCUCAUGCUUCCUUGCAGCAUGCGUAAGGCACAUUCACGCAGAUGAGCAGGGACCCUGGGUAUCUUUCUUUUGGUGUUUUUUCAGAGUCAGUAGAAAGGCCUCUUUAGUGUCCUAAGUUUUCAUAACUGUGACCUUAAUUGCCUACCGUCUGUAAGCUGUUAGUGUCUUAACGACCGUUCCACAGGUGCAUGUUCAUUAAUUGUUUAUGGCUCAUUGAACAAGCAUGGGAAACAGUGUUUAAACCAGGGGUGUCAAACGUCCGGCCCGCAUCAGGCCCGCAAACGGGUUUAAUCCGGCCGGCGAGAUGAUUUAAAAAAUAAAAAAUAAAAAUAAAAUAAUAAUAAUUAUAAUAAUUUUGUAAAGUAUAAAAAUGCGCUGCAAUUUUUCAAUAAAAUAAACUGCUGUUCCAAUUGCGUCCACUGGAUGGCGCAAUAGCAAUUGUGUUAAGCAAGCAAACUGUUUAUACCGGGGCAGAGCAAGUAGGUCAAGCACGUGCAGCCAAUGAGCUACUUUGUUUUGCCCGCGAUAUUUAUUACGGCUUCUACUUUUAACAUUAUGUGCUUUGGCACCCUCAUUGCCCCAAUAUGUCUCUGUCAAAAAAGAGAAAAGUGGACGCAGAGUGCAGAGUGUUCCAAGAAAAAUGGUCAUCCUAUUUAUGCUGAAAGAAUAUAACCUUCGUCGCCACUAUGUGAGUCUUCAUGCCGACAAAUAUGACAACUUUCAAGGACAGCGGAGAUGAGAGAAGGUGAAUGAACUGUUGGCGGGUCUGAAGAAACAGCAGUCUGUGUUUACUCACAGCCGAGACAUCAGUGACGCUGCAGUGAAAGCUAGCUACCUCAUUGCUAAUGAAAUCGCAGUGGCUUCAAAACAAUUUAGUGAGGGUGAAUUUGUAAAAACAUGCAUGAUGAAGGCAGCGGAGAUUGUGUGCCCUGAAAAGCGGCAGGCUUUUGCAAAUAUCAGCCUGACAAGAAACACAGUUGCAGACAGGAUUUCCGAUCUUUCAGUGGAUUUGUACAGCCAGUUGAAGCAAAAAGUAAAGUCAUUUAUUGCGUUUUCGGUUGCAAUUGAUGAAAGCACGGACAUUACAGAUGUUGCACAACUGGCCAUUUUCAUCCGCGGAGUUGAUGACACAUUGACCGUCACCGAGGAGUUCGUGGAGUUGGUGCCGAUGACAGAUACAACGACAGCAGCUGAUAUUUUUACCGCACUCGUCGGCGCGCUGGACAGGGUCGGAGUGGACUGGUCCCGCGCUGUCAGCCUGGCUACAGAUGGUGCGCCCUCAAUGAUCGGGAAAAAAGCAGGCAUUGUGACAAAGUUCAGAGAGAAAGUGCAAUCUGCAAAUGGAGGACGUGAUUUUUGGACUUUUCACUGUAUUUUGCACCAGGAGGCUUUGUGUUGCAAGUCAUUAAAGAUGGAUAACGUCAUGAAGGUGGUCAUCCAAACUGUUAAUUUCAUCCGAUCCAAAAGCCUGAAUCACCGUCAGUUUGACAGCCUUCUCAGAGAGAAAGACCACAUCUAUGGCCUGCCAUACCACACUGAGGUAAGAUGGUUAAGCCGAGGUGCUGUGCUGAGGCGUUUCUUUGAUUUACGAGAAGAAAUUGAACAGUUCAUGGAAGAAAAGGGCAAACCAGUGUUAGAAUUUCAUUCCGCAGAAUGGAUGCAGGACCUUGCAUUUAUGGUGGAUGUUACAGAUCACCUGAAUAACUUGAACAAACAGCUGCAAGGGCGCAACAAAGUUGUCACGCAGUAUUAUGACAGCAUACGUUCUUUCAAGUUGAAGCUGUCAUUGUGGGAGACGCAACUUGCCGGUGGUGAUGCAGCUCACUUCCCCUGUCUGAAAAAUGUGUGCGCGACCCAACAUGUGGCAGACAUGAAGCGGUUCAAAGAUAAAAUAACGGGACUGUUACGGGAGUUUGAGCAACGCUUUCAGAUUUAUGUUUAUAUGUUUUUAUGUUGGUGUGCUAUUGUUUUUAAUUGAUUUUAUUUUAUUUGUAUAUUUAACCUAUUCUUGACUCUGUGGUUCUUGCACUUGUUUGGGGAACAGGAUUUCAUUAUUUUUAUCUACAUUUCUGCCUGAGAAAUGACACCCUGAUAUAGUUCUGUGAUCUGUGAUAUACUUCUGUGAAUCACUGAGGCAUUGUGUGUUUGUGUGUUCUUUGUCCUCAGAACUUUCAAAUAACUUGAGGUGUUUUAUGAUUAAUAGUGAUGUUGUGCUUUUGGACACUGUCCUCAGGCUCCAGCUUUAUGUUUAUAUGUUUUUAUGUUGAUGUGCUAUUGUUUUUAAUUGAUUUUAUUGUAUUUGUAUAUUUAACCUAUUCUUGACUCUGUGGUUCUUGCACUUGUUUGGGGAACAGGAUUUCAUUAUUUUUAUCUACAUUUCUGCCUGAGAAAUGACACCCUGAUAUAGUUCUGUGAUAUACUUCUGUGAAUCACUGAGGCAUUGUGUGUUUGUGUGUUCUUUGUCCUCAGAACUUUCAAAUAACUUGAGGUGUUUUAUGAUUAAUAGUGAUGUUGUGCUUUUGGACACUGUCCUCAGGCUCCAGCUUUAUGUUUAUAUGUUGAUGUGCUAUUGUUUUUAAUUGAUUUUAUUGUAUUUGUAUAUUUAACCUAUUCUUGACUCUGUGGUUCUUGCACUUGUUUGGGGAACAGGAUUUCAUUAUUUGUAUCUACAUUUCUGCCUGAGAAAUGACACCCUAAUAUAGUUCUGUGAUCUGUGAAACAGUUCUGUUAAUCACUGAGGCAUUGUGUGUUUGUGUGUUCUUUUUCUUUAGAAUUUUCAAAUAAACUUGACGUGUUUUAUGAUUAAUAGUGAUGUUGUGCUUGUACUAUUUUGGACACACUGUCCUCAGGCUCCAGCUUUAUGUUGUAUGUUGAUCGUAUUAAAACAAAGAAAACAAUCUGAAGUUGUUGUUUUUAAGUUAUAUAUACCAUGAUUUUUCCGGUCCGGCCCACUUGGGAAUAGAUUUUCCUCCAUGUGGCCCCUGAGCUAAAAUGAGUUUGACACCCCUGGUUUAAACCCUUUACAAUGAAGAUCUGUGAAGUUAUUUGGAAUUUUACGAAUUAUCUUUGAAAGACAGGGUCCUGAAAAAGGGAAGUUUCUUUUUUUGCUGAGUUUACAUUCUUCUCACAAGUCAAUCGUUGUCAUUUCAUGUUGAUGCUAAUGAUAUGUGCUGGUUUUGGUUAUCAGACAGAAGAUUGAGCGCUGCUCUCUCACUGGGGCCAAUCGGGAGGUCAUCGUCAGCACAGCCAUUUACCCAUUCGCCAUGACCAUGUAUGGCCAGUACAUCUACUGGACUGACUGGAACACACGCAGUAUCUACCGGGCUAACAAGCACGAUGGGUCUGACCAGAGGGUGAUGACCCAGAACCUUCCAUCCAGGCCCAUGGACGUCCAUGUGCUGGCCAGCAACAAGCAGCAACAGUGCAACAGCCCAUGUCAGAAGUUCAACGGAGGCUGCAGUCACAUCUGUACCCCAGGUACUAGAAGUUAGGCCCUGUUUUAACCCUCAAGUUUCCUGAUCAAAUAGAAGCAGGCUGUAAUUUCUUAGCUAAAUGUCGGAGUUGGACCAAACUUCCAUUGAAAAUGUGAUCUUCUCUAGCAUCCUAUUGUUUUGGUGUUGUAAUGUUGUUUUGGGAUGGUGUGAGUUGGGCUGUCGUACGCAUCCGUCUGAUGCCUGCCCCCCUGUCCCACUCUGCAGGGCCCCAGGGUGCUGAGUGUCGGUGUCCCUCAGAGGGUCGCUGGUACCUGGCCGACAACAAGCACUGUAUCCCUGACAACGGGACCCGCUGCCAGGCAGGCCAGUUCACCUGUAUGAAUGGACGCUGUAUCCGUGCUCAGUGGAAGUGUGACAAUGACAACGACUGUGGGGACGGAAGCGACGAACUGGAGAGAGUCUGUGGUAUGGUGCUCAGUGGCCACAAAUAGUGCCUGUUUUGUUGAAUCAUAUUUGUUUGUCUCGUCUAUCUAGAAAUAUCUUGUAGUGGGAUGAUUUUGCAUGUCUUGAAUAUGGUUGUGAUUACAGCUAAUUAUGAUUGAUUUAUCACUACACAUGCUCUGUCCUUCACUCUGAACUAUUCUUAACUGUCUCUAACAUGCUGCCUCUAACCAGCUUUCUGUUUUCACUGCAACAACCAUUUUUCAGGAUCUAAGAAGGAUUUCCAACCUUUCGGUGUGUAUGCUUGCAGUUCACUAAUCUAAUGUAGCUAUUUAGUGAUGCUUGUUUUUUUCUACUGACCCCAUCCUAAACUAAUGAAUACAUGUACUUAUAUCUUGCAUGCAGUCCAAGUGCAAAUGGCAGCAGCAUUUAUUGCCUUGUCAGGUAAAGCCCGCCUCCAUAUUGUACACCCGUCCAUCUUCACCUGCUCUCCCUAUCCGUUGGCUAGAGCUCUGAUGAUGUUGUAUCUGGUUUGAUUGACAGCCUUCCACACCUGCGAGCCCACUGUGUUCACCUGUGGGAACGGUCGCUGUGUGCCCUACCACUACCGCUGUGACCACUACAACGACUGUGGGGACAACAGUGAUGAGGUAGGCUGCCUGUUCAGGUCGUGCGACCCCAACACUGAGUUCCCCUGCAACAACGGACGCUGCAUCGCCAAGGACUACAUCUGCAACGGCAUCAACAACUGUUAUGACAACGGCACCUCGGACGAACAAAACUGCCGUAAGUCCUCAAAACAACACUUGGUUACAAAUCUAAAGUAAAAAGAUUAGUUCAUGAAGAUUAGAUAAGUUUCUGUGUGGUAAGUAACUAAAAUAUAUAGUAAAAUAUAUACUAAAUUAUAAACAUGGUGGUUCGAGCCCUGAAUGCUGAUUGGCUGACAGCCAUGGUAUAUCAGACCGUAUACCACGGGUAUGACAAAACAUUUAUUUUUACUGCUCUAAUUACAUUGGUAACCAGUUUAUAAUAGCAAUAAGGCACCUCAGGGGUUUGUGGUAAAUGGCCAAUAUACCACGGCUAAGGGCUGUAUCCAGGCACUCCUCAUUGCGUCGGGUAUAAGAACAGCCCUUAGCCGUGGUAUAUUGGCCAUAUACCACACCCCCUUAGGCCUUAUUGCUUAAAUAUAUACUAAAAUAUAUACACUAGACAAUAACACAUCCUCUUCUUGUUGUAUCUCAGCGGAGCGAACAUGUCAGCCAGAACACACCAAGUGUACAUCCACCAACAUCUGCAUCCCUCGCUCCUACCUGUGUGAUGGGGACAAUGACUGUGGGGACAUGAGUGACGAGAGCCCUACACACUGCAGUGAGUCCCCUAGGCCUGGUCUGUACAGUAAGGGUGCGUCCAAAAUGGCACCCUAUUCCCUUAUAUAGUGCAUAUAGUCCCUUAUAUAGUGCAUAUAGGGAAUAGGAUGCCAUUUUGGAUGCACCCUAACUGGGUUUUGAGAGGAGAGUGACCCCUAAAUGACCAUAUGCAUGUCUCUUUUUCCUCUUCCAGCCACCUCCACGUGUGCCCAGAACGAGUUCCGCUGCUCCAGUGGUCGCUGUAUCCCAGCCCACUGGUACUGUGAUGGGGGUACCGACUGUGCUGACGGCUCUGAUGAGCCUUCCUCCUGCAGUACGUACCACAGCUCUCCUUCACUCACUAUGCUAAGCAAGAGAGAUUCAACUAGGUUUUCAGAAUGGAGUCAUUAUUAAUUUGUUCUCCUGAGUUGAAGAGUCGGUGAAUGAUUAGUUUAUUUUCUGUAUGUGUGUGUGUGUGUGUGCGUGUGUGUGUGUGUGUGUGCGUGUGUGUGUGUGUGCGUGUGUGUGUGUGUGCGUGUGUGUGUGUGUGCGCGUGUGUGUGUGUGUGCGUGUGUGUGCGUGUGUGUGUGUGUGUGUGUGUGUGCGUGUGUGUGUGCGUGUGUGUGCGUGUGUGUGUGCGCGUGUGUGUGUGUGCGUGUGUGUGUGUGUGCGUGUGUGUGCGUGUGUGUGUGCGCGUGUGUGUGUGUGCGUGCGUGUGUGUGUGUGUGUGUGUGCGUGUGUGUGUGUGUGUGUGCGUGUGUGUGUGUGUGCGUGUGUGUGCGUGUGUGUGUGCGCGUGUGUGUGUGUGCGUGCUGUUGGUGAUGUGUCAGUAGUGUAUGCCUUUGUUAGUGAUGUGGCCAGUCAGUCAGUCCAGCCUCCCACUGUCUGACACAUUCCUCCCUACUGACGCCCACUAGUCUCCUCUGACAAACACAGCCCCUCCCCUUUGCUGUCUUCCUUUUGUCCAAGGGUAAUUACACAGCCUCACUUUAUCUUGUGUUUCAAUAGAAUACAAUAGAUUGGAAUGUGGAGGAGAUGCCAUUACUAUUUUGAUAGCUUUACUUGUUUAAUUUGGGUUCAGAUAUGCAUUACCUGUUGUCAUUAGUAGUUGAGGUCAAUUAGGACAUGCAAAGGAAGUUUAAAGUAACUUACAUAUUUGUAUUUAGAGGACAAUAGUAGUAUUAUAGUAUUCUAAUUGUAAUCAAUUUUUGCUUGGUUUGCUGUGACCUUUGAUUCCCUGCAGCCACCCUGGUGAGAACCUGCAACACUGACCAGUUCCCCUGUGACGACGGCAGGUGCAUCGCUUUCUCCUGGAUCUGCGACGGGGACAAUGAUUGUGGAGACAUGAGUGACGAGGACCAGAGACACAACUGUGGUGAGUGUGAAUUCUUCUCCUCUCUACCUCCUCUCUCUCUCUGUCAGGAAUCAGACACUGAGGGAUCAGGAUACAUGCUGGGAUUUUGGGGGGUGGAUACUGGCUCUUGUUUAAGGUCUCCGGCCAGAGUCCAAGAAGCUCACAUUCCUGAUUUCCCCUGCCUCACUCAUUACUUUGUGCCUGUCUCAGCUCCCUGGCUCAGGGUGGAACUAAACUAUUAUGUCAUCCCUCACCAAUGUGGUCUCUGACAAUAAGGAGCCUGGAGCGGAUAGCUUCAGCGCACCACGGGCCUCGGCAGGAGUCUCACUUCAAACAAUGGGGCUCAAUCACAUUAGAUGGAUAGGAAACUGAAGUCACAGCUAGAGGUCCUGAAAUACACUUAGGAAUGUUUGGACCGUGAGAAAUUUCAGGUCCAGUCUCGGAGUCUUCAUAAUCUUGAAACUUCUCUAAUGUGGUGUCAUUUUCCUGCUCCCCUCUGUUGUUUUAGACAACCGCACAUGCUCAGUCUUGGAGUUUACCUGUGUGAAUAACCAAGCGCCACAGCGGAAGUGCAUCCCUCGUGAUUGGGUGUGUGACGGUGAUGCGGACUGUGCGGACGCAUUGGACGAGCAUCAGAACUGCACACGCCAAUCGUGUGGCGUCAAUGAGUUCACCUGCAGCAAUGGCCUCUGCAUACGCAGCUCCUACAGGUUUGACAACUUGGACAUAACUGAGACAUAACAAUGACAUUUUAAAUUGUUCUGUAGAUGAUGAGACUACAGUGUGAAUGUGGGGACUGGGCAGCAGCACCACCUGGUGUACAGGGAAGCACACUGAGUGACUGAUUUAUUUGAUGGCAGGUGUGACCGGAGGAAUGACUGUGGUGACAGCAGUGACGAGCAGGGCUGCACCUACCAGCCGUGUCAGCAGCACCAGUUCACCUGUCAAAAUGGACGCUGUGUGUCCCGCGACUUCAUCUGUGAUGGGGACAACGACUGCGGGGACGAGUCCGAUGAGCUUGACCACCUGUGCCGCACGCCACCGCCCACGUGCCCCCCCGGGCAGUUCAGGUGUGACAACGGACACUGUGUCCCCCUCUUCAACGUGUGUGACCGGACCGACGACUGCUCAGACAACAGUGACGAGAAGGGCUGUGGUGAGUGCAUGAUAUCUUACAAGCAAUAAAACAUAUUAAGUUCAAUAUAAAAACAUAAACUACAACGCCAAUAUAGCCAUUUAGUAUCACAGAGCAGCAGUGUGGUGUUGGAUUUAUAGUCAAUCUCCUCUAAUACCUGUUCUCUCUUGUCCUGCAUGCAGGUAUAAAUGAAUGCACCGACCCCUCCAUGCACCACUGUGAUCACAACUGCACUGACACACCCACCAGCUUCAUCUGCACCUGUCGCCCCGGCUACCGGCUCAUGUCCGACAACAAGACCUGCGACGACAUCAACGAGUGUGCGGAGACGCCCAGUGUGUGUAGUCAGGUGUGUGAGAACAUGGUGGGCUCCUACAUGUGUAAAUGUGCCCCCGGGUUCCUACGGGAACCGGAUGGCCGCAGCUGUCGUCAGAACAGCAACAUUACGCCAUACCUCAUCUUCAGUAACCGCUAUUAUCUUCGUAACCUGUCCACGGAAGGAGAGGCUUACUCCCUCAUCCUGCAGGGCCUGACCAGCGUGGUGGCCAUGGACUUUGACCGCGUGAACAAGAAGUUCUACUGGAUUGACGUUAGCCGCAGGGUGAUUGAGCGGAUGUUCUAUAACGGCAGUAACAGGGAAGUGGUGGUGAACGGGGUGCUCCAUGGAGAGGGCCUGGCGGUCGACUGGGUGGCCAGGAAACUCUACUGGGUGGACAGCUUCCUGGACUGUCUCAAAGUGUCCGAACUGGACGGGCGCUUUGUGAAGAAACUGGCUGAACACUGUGUGGAUGCCAAUAACACAUACUGCUUUGAAAACCCCAGGGCGCUCGUUCUGCAUCCCAAAUAUGGGUGAGUAAAUCUAAUCACUAAUUAUUAUAUGGUCAUAAUUAAGAAUAGUUUAUUUAUUCUUGUUUCAUUCGAUAAGCCAGGACUUUAGUAACCUAAACCUAUUUGAUCCCUGUCAGAUAUGUCUACUGGACGGAUUGGGGGGACAAAGCCUUCAUAGGCCGUGUUGGAAUGGACGGCACCAACAAGACAGCAAUCAUCACCACUAAGAUCGAGUGGCCCAAUGGGGUCACUAUCGACUACAGCAAUGACAAGCUCUACUGGUCAGAUGCCCAUCUCAACUACAUUGAGUAAGACCGUGCUUCAUAUUGCCAUACAGUCUUGCUUUGUUUCCAAAAUGCCUAAAGGCCUGUAAUCCUACUCCUCUUCUCCUCAGGUUCUCAGACCUGGAGGGACAUCACAGACACACCGUGUAUGACGGGAUACUGCCCCAUCCGUUUGCCCUGACUGUGUUUGAGGAGACCGUGUACUGGACUGACUGGAACACCCGUACAGUGGAGAAAGGCAACAAAUACGACGGAUCCGGACGCCAGUCUCUGGUCAACACCACACACAGACCGUUCGACAUCCACGUGUGCCAUCCCUAUAGGCAGCCCAUAGGUCAGUCUCAGUCUAGGAGACAGUAAUCUGAGUAUCCUCUUCUCCUGGAUCAACAUCCAUUCCUCCACACUCAGAUUGCUAUCACUUCAUUAUCCUGACGUUUCCUGCCUGUUAGAUCCAUUCAAGUGUUUACAUUAACACAAUGCCGUGCCUGUGUUUGCCCAGCUGCACUGAAUGCCUGACUGAUUCUCUGACCCCCUCUCUCCCCCCAGUGAGCAACCCCUGUGCAGUGAACAAUGGAGGCUGCUCCCACCUGUGUCUGCUCCGCGACGGGGGGCGGGGUCACACCUGUGAAUGCCCCGACCACUUCCUGACUUUACAGCUGGGAGGCAUGGCUCGCUGCCUGCCCAUGUGCACCAGCACCCAGUACAGAUGUGCGGAUAAUGAGCGGUGAGUGGGAGUUCACCUCAGAGUUCUAAUACGAUACACACAUUCUUUGUUUUAUAUGUCCUCUUUGUUUUAAUUGAGGCAUUGGUGAGCCCUGAACAGUAUUGCCCUUCCUCCCCUCCACAGCUGCAUCCCCAUCUGGUGGAAGUGUGACGGCCAGAGGGACUGCAGAGACGGCUCUGAUGAGCCCUCCACCUGCCCCAGUCGCCACUGCCAACUGGGCCAGUUCCAGUGCAAUGAUGGAAACUGCACCAGCCCCCACUUCCUGUGCAACAGCAACCAGGACUGCCAUGAUAGCUCUGAUGAAGAUCCUGUGCUGUGUGGUGGGUGGCAUUUAGCUCAGUUAUUUCUGUUUUCAGAGAACAAUCUGAGCAUGUAUGAAACAUUCUUUGUAAUUGUAUUAUUAAAUUGUUGAUUUUGCAUGAUCUGUGUCUCUUUGUUGUUAAAUACCAGGUAUCGAUUAAUGUACUUCAGUAGGGUGUUUAAACUGAAUUGACUGUUUGUCUGUGCAGCCACUCAUCAGUGCGAGACCCACCAGUGGCAGUGCACCAAUAAGAGGUGCAUCCCCGAAGCGUGGCAGUGUGACGGGGAGGACGACUGUGUUGACGGCUCUGACGAGGAGCCCACCCACUGCUCCAGCAGGACCUGCCGGCCCGGACAGUUCAAGUGCCGUAACGGACGCUGCAUCCCCCAGAACUGGAAGUGUGACAUGGACGACGACUGUGGCGACAACUCUGACGAGCCCCUGGAAGAGUGCAGUGAGUGACGCGCACAACAUUACACACAGGGAAUCACGUGGUGAAAUCACACCCAGUUAACUAUAAGGCUUGAGUGUGAUUGCCACACUGAGCUGCUGAGAUCUGUUCAUCCUAAACUAUGUGAUAGUGGUUUGCUCCCACCAGGUAUGAUUGAAACACUUCGUCUUUGUUAUUGACUUCCUUGAUGUGGUCUAUUUACAGUGGGGCCUUCUUAUCGCUGUGACAACCACACCCAGUUUGACUGCAGGACCAACUACCGCUGUGUGCCACUGUGGUCUGUGUGCAACGGUCACAACGAUUGCAGGGACAACAGUGAUGAGCAGAGCUGUGGUGAGUCCACUUAAACACCAGCAUCCUGACAUAAAUCAACCAAUGGUGCAAACCCACAGUGCUGAAUAUUUGAGUCUUUGUAUGAGGUAACAAUGUGUGUUGAGAGUGAAUGAAGAGUUAUUAGCAGAACAUUACAUAGUGGGACAGCAGGAGGUAGUGAUGGAGAUGUUCUCACCGCCUGCUCUAUUCACCUCCCCAUGAGAGAACUCUCUGGAUUCAUGGCCUGUGUGCGUGCGUACGUACGUGUGUGUGAGAGAGUGUGCGUCUGCCUGCGUGCGCGUGUGUAUGGGGAAAGGUUCACACUGCGCUCUUUGUACUGUGCCCCGAUUCCACAUAGCAGCAGCCCUUGCCCUCCCAUCUCUUAUCAGAGGCCCUCACUCCAUUAGUGCCAUCCCCGCGCUAGAGGGGAGAUCUGUGCUAAUCUCUGUUAGAGAAUGCAGCUAGCGGCCGGGCCAGGUGAAGAGCAAGGAGGGCCUGGAUCCACUAUCUUUCAAACCGCCGGCGCUGUGUGGAAGAGACAGUUCAGCUCUACUCUCCUCCUCUCCUGUCCUCUCCUAUAGACCUGGCAUAACUCAGAGCUCAGCCACUUCAGGCAUGCUGCACUCCCCACUGCAUGAUGAGCUCUGCUUUAAUUAAAAAACCAGAGGGCACCUCUCAGUUCAGCUCUGUGGUCUAGUAGUUAUCAUCGACGCUAUAUUAAAUAGUAGGAGGCACAUAGUCUGACAGUGUCUUGUAGUACCAAUGGUUGGUUGUAGCUGUAACGGCAUAAGUGUCUUGUAAUUUGGUCGAAAAGAGGAGAAGUAACAUCGCUGUAAUGAACCGUUGAUUUUUCAGCAAGGUAAAAAUGAACUAUAUGUGUUUGCACCAGUGCAAUGUUUGGCCGAAAAACAUGAAAGAAAAAAGAAAAGGAUGAGAAGGAUAAGAAGUUAAGCUGAAGUGUAAAUGCAGGUAUGUGUUUAGCAUCGUCUUCUGUCUCUUAUCUCCUGUCCAUGUGUUUCAGAGGAGAUUACCUGUGACCCUCUGGGGGACUUCCGCUGUGACAACCACCAGUGUGUCCCUCUGCGCUGGAGGUGUGACGGGGACAACGACUGUGGGGACAGCUCGGAUGAGCGUGCCUGCAGUGAGUUCUACAGUACAUCUACCCACCAUCACUGUCUAGUACUGUAUCUACACUGAACAGAAAUAUAAACGCAACAUGUAAAGUGUUGGUCCCAUGUUUCAUGAGCUGAAAUAAAAGAUCCCAGAAAUGUUCCAUACUCACAAAAAGCUUAUUGCUCUAAAAUGUUGUGCACAAAUUUGUUUACAUCUCUGUUAGUGAGCAUUUCUACUUUGUCAAGAUAAUCCAUCCACCUGACAGGUGUGGCAUAUCAAGAAGCUGAUUAAACAGCAUGAUCAUUACACAGGUGCACCUUGUGCUGGGGACAGUAAAAGACCACUCUAAAAUGUGCAGUUUUGUCACCAACACAAUGCCACAGAUGUCUCAAGUUUUGAGGGAGUGUGCAAUUCGCAUGCAGACUGCAGGAAUGUCCACCAAAGCUGUUGCCAGAUAAUUGAAUGUUCAUUUCUAUACCAUAAGCCGCCUCCAAUGUUGUUUUAGAGCAUUUGGCAGUACUUUCCAACCUGUCUCACAACCGCAGACCACAUGUAUGGCGUCGUGUGGGCAAGUGGUUUGCUGAUGUCAAUGUUGUGAGCGGAGUGCCCCAUGGCAGCGGUGGGGUUAUGGAAUGGGCAGGUGUAAGCUACAGACAAUGAACACAAUUGCAUUUUAUCGAUGGCAAUUUGAAUGCACAGAAAUACCGUGACGAGAGCCUGAGGCCCAUUGUGAGGCCCAUUUCUUUUAAGGUACAGUAUAUUUUACCAACAGAUGCAUAUCUGUAUUCCCAGUCAUGUGAAAUCCAUAGAUUAGGGCCUAAUGAAUUUAUUUCAAUUGACUGAUUUCCUCAUAUAAACUGUAACUCAGUCAAAUCUUUGAAAUGUGCAUGUUGCGUUUAUAUUUUUCUUCAGUAUACUUAACACCUUAACCUUAGAUCACCUGGCUGGCUCGCAUUGGGACUUCUACACCGAGCCUUCAUGGGCUGGUUGCACAAGUUGGGCAUAACUAGGUCGUAAUUCUAUCUCAUCCAUUUAAGCCCAACAUUUUAAAGUCCAACUGGUACAACCAGCCCUAUGUGUCUGCUUAGCAGUUAUGGGCUAACUCAGACAACUCAAAAGGCUGGAUACUUAUAGUCAUGGUUUUGGUGAGACUCUGAGCGAUUCUAAUGGGGUAUUCCAGUGUAGCUCAGACACAGUGAGUCAACCAGAUUAAAUAGGGGUGUUGAUGGCAAAGAAUGGACCUGUUAAGAUAACAGAGUGUUCUUGUAAAAGACAACACUCCUGUCUUCGAAGCAGUGUUAUGUGAGGCGGGCUUAUCAGCUGCUAGAGAAACAGCUUGUCCUCAGCAUGUCAGACGGAGGGAGUGAGUGAGGGAGUCGGCCACCUCGGCUCUGGAGAAUUUAAACAAGUCUGAGAACAUGCCAGCUAAUGAGGAUAAUGUCUAUGCUUCAAAGAACAACUAAUGUCUCGCGCAAAAUCACUGUGUUGUAUGAUGAAAUUUGCUAUGAUGCUUCUUGUUGCAAUCCCGGUUAUGUAUCGUGAGAGAACACCUCCAGUGAAUUCCAUCAUGAACUCACCACAGAAAAAUGAUUGCAUGAUUGGUCGGGUGCUUGAUAAUGUACAAAAGUCAUAGCUAUUGCAAUAACCCAAUUGAGGGAAUAGAGCUAUAGUAUUUAUCAAAGCAGUGGCUGUUUUGUAUGGAAAAUAGUAAACAAUCACAGAAUAAUGUAGUAAUACUGUGACACCCUCUGUCAGCUGUGUCUACAUCGUGUUUGUUUGGACUGUGGCAAUGAUGACUAAUUUAGUAUUCUUGUGUGCGGUGAUAAUUCUUUAGUUCCCCUCUCUGUGUUCCCCCAGGCCCGCGUGUGUGCUCCGAGAGCGAGUUUCGCUGCGAUAAUCUGCACUGCAUUCCCGACCGCUGGGUCUGUGACCAUGACAACGACUGUGAGGACAACUCGGAUGAAAGGGACUGUGGUGAGUGGAGGCUUUGUUUUGCCGCUGUCUUGGCUUAUUCAUGUGUGAGGGAAUACAGCACUAAGCAAAGAGGCAUUAAAACUUUACCUUUUUAAGGCACAGGAUACACAGAAAGUACCACCAGGAUAAAUUUACUUAGCUUACUGGAAAACAUGGCGUUUCUUCUUCUCUUGCCCAUUUAUACUGGUCAGAUUGUGAAUUCAAAUUCAUUCUAGAUGUUUAUUUACAGUAGUCAUGAAAACAAGGUCAGAAUCUGAGAUACCUCAGUACUUGGCAUGACUGUAAAUGAGUGAAGUGUAUGGAGUGAUAUUAGUGCCAACUGAAAUAGAAUUUGAAUUCCAAAAGUGAAUUUGAAUACAAAUGGGUUCAUUAAUACCUAUUAAUUAUGAGUUGUGUGCUGGCAUGGCUGUGCUGCAGAGCUGCGGACCUGUCACCCGGGCUACUUCCAGUGUGGCAGUGGCCACUGCAUCGCCGACCGCUUCAAAUGUGACGGCAACGCCGACUGCCUGGACUACACUGACGAGAUAUCAUGUCGUAAGUGUUAGAUGUUAUCAUAAAUGUGUCUAUGGGCUGACAUCAAAUACAAUAAUCCCAGUGAGCAAAACUGGUUAAAAAUACGUAAUUUCAACGGCAAAACCGGUUGAAAUGACGUCUUUUCAACCAGUUUUACUCACUGGGCUCCUAUCUCCUCAGAUUAACAAAACACAUAAUGUCCAGAACAAUCAUUAUGUUACUACAGCACCCUCUACAGUUAUCUAAAUUACAAAGUUACAACCAUGAAUUUGAAUUGUAAUGGUCCAUUUAUCUUUCAUUUGCAGCAACCCGUUAUCCCAAUGGCACGUAUUGCCCACCGUUUCUAUUUGAGUGUAGGAACCAUGUGUGUGUGCAGCCCUACUGGAAAUGUGACGGAGACAACGACUGUGGAGACAAUUCAGAUGAGGAGCUCCAUCUGUGCUGUAAGGCCAAUGCACCUUCAAUGGUUACACUGUCCUUUAAAUGGUUACACUGCUCCCUUAAAUGGUUACACCGUCCUUUGAAUGGUUACACUGUUGCUUUAAAUGGUUACCCUGUUCCUUUAAUUGUUACACUGUUCCUUAAAUGGUUACACUGUUCCUUUAAAUGGUUACCAUGUUCCUUUAAUUGUUACACUGUUCCUUAAAUGGUUACAGUGUUCCAUAAAUGGUUACACUGUUCCUUAACCCUAUUACUGUCUCUACUUGAAAAACUUGUUGAAACAAUUAUUUCACCUUCAAUUCCUAUUACUAACAACUCAAAUAAGAACUUCCAAUAGUUAUUUUUUUAAACUUGAUGUUUAUUUUGGAAAUUACAGAGCUCUACCAGGCAGUUGAGAAGUCAAAAUAAGGUCAUACCAUCAAUGCCAUAUUAGAAUGGCAAUUUGCAUAGCAUUUUUACUCAUCUCAACAAUAUUACCAAAUGUACUUUAGGUCUGCUUCAAUGCCUUUUAUUGGUAGAUAAAUUAUGGUAAUUGUGAAUGUCCAAACAUUAAUAUUCAAUGACAUUGAAAUUAAUGCUUUUUCAGGUGGUGUGUAUUGCAAUGUCCCUCAAAAUGUUUUUCUUAAAUUUCAAAUGAUCCAGAUUCUUCCACCAUGUUUGCCACAUGUUCGGACUACAUUUUGAGAUAAUAUAUGACAAAGUGCCGUUUUUAUUACUAUUAUAGGCAUUAUUUUAUAGGCGACCUUAAGUCUGAGUAUUGAUUAAUUGACCCCAUGGGUCAUGAAAGGUGGUUUAACCAAUUUAUGUUGCCUAAUAUAUCGUGUGUUGUCUACAAUUCAAUCAUAUUUUUCACCAUAAUAGGUAUAUAUAUAUUUUGUUUAAAUGUACCCUAUUCUGAGUCCACCAUACUUUUUACUGACAUAUCAACCGCCUGGUUGAGCACAUUUUUCACAAUUCUUGCUUUUCAGCCUUUUUACAUUUUAACUAUUUAUUUUCAUAUUUCUGCUUAAUUCUAUAGCUAGAGGACUCCUGUUAUCUCCAGGAGUGAUACGUAUAAUUGUUGUCUUAAUCUGUUGUUGUCUAGUACUGUCUUUUUGCUACCUAAGGCCAUCUACUUUAAGUGCUGCCUGUCUUAACUAACACUCUCACUUUACUUUUUCCCCCCUUACUAGCUCUGACUUUGCUGAUAGCUACAUUAUAGAGGAAAAAUUUACUUAUAUGUGGUUGUCCCACCUAGCUAUCUUAAGAUGAAUGCAGGAGGACGGGGGGAGUUGACCAAUCAAGUUCAAGUAAAGAUUUGUUUUAUUUUCACUUCUAAAUCCAUUGCCAAAACAUGCUCUACCAGCCGGUUGAGAAUAGGGUUAAAGGGUUAAAUAGUUACACGGUUCCUUAAAUAGUUACAUUGUUGAAUGUGAUAGUAUUUAUUCUUUGACAAUGAUAAAUGACAUUGAGUUAAUGUCCUGGUCUUGUCUCCCUAGUGGACAUCCCGUGUGACCCGCCAUUCCGUUUCCGCUGUGACAACAACCGGUGCAUCUACAGCCAUGAGCUCUGCAACUCUGUGGACGACUGUGGGGACGGCACUGACGAGAAAGAGGAUCACUGUAAGCCAAUCACAAGUUACAAUACUGUCAUGUAGGGCUGGUUUCCCAGACACUGAUUAUUAAUCCUAGUCCUGGACUAAAAAGAAUACUGAAUGAAUAAUCUGCAUUGAUAAAGCUUUUUAGUCCGAAAUUAGGCUUAAUCCGUGUCCGGGAAACCGGCCUAUAUUGUCCCAUCUCCGUGGGAGUUUGGAGUAAAUGUAGCUCAUCAUUAUGUAAUAAUACCAAAGUUGAUCGUCCAAUUAAUGUCAAUGUAUUUUACUCUCUGAAAUGAUUGACAUCUUGACAUGAUGAUUGACAUCUUGACAUGUUGUGUUUGUCACAGGCCAGACCCCCACACAUGGGCCAUGUUCAGCGGAUGAGUACAAAUGCAGUAAUGGCCAAUGCAUCCCUCUGCAGUAUACCUGUGACGACUAUGAUGACUGUGGAGACCAUUCUGACGAGCUGGGCUGCAGUGAGUAACCCACCCAACUAAUUUACCUCAGUCUUUACUCUGCAUCUGAAUCAUCAUCAACCUUUAUCUUAUGCUAAGCUAUAUGGCUGUUUGUAUAAUACUGAAGUGAGAGUUAACUUCGACCCUCAUAAUGUGACACAUGUAUAUGUGCUCUGCCCAGACGUUGGCAGUGGGCGCUCCUGCAGUGAGAACAUCUGUGAGCAUAACUGCACAGAUCUGACAGACGGAGGCUUCCUCUGUUCCUGCAGGCCUGGAUACAAACCCAGCCAGACAGACAGGAACACCUGUGAAGGUACAGGAAGCAGCAGCACCACCUGAGUGUAGAAGGAAACACCACUCUGUAACAUCACAAUCUUUGAUUAUCUAUUCUUUCCUCUUCUUACGCUAUUAGUAAUCUUUUUGUAUUUUCUCUGUGUUUUUCCUGUUUUUGUGUUUGUGAUCAGACUUGAAUGAGUGUGAGGUCUACGGGACAUGUCCACAGGAGUGUAAGAACUCCAAGGGCAGCUACGAGUGCUUCUGUGCCCAGGGCUUCCGCUCAGUGAGCGAGCAGCAUGGCAUGGAGUGUGCUGCUGAGGGUAAGAGCUUAGCUGAACAAGUCAUUUUGGUUGCAUCCUAAAUGCACCCUAUUCCCUUUAUAGUGCACUACUGUUGACCAGGGCCCAUACAGAUGUAGUAUCUUAAUUUGAUCACUAUUUUGUUGCUGAGAAUACAAACUUGUAGUGUAUUUGAGUUUUGAAAAGGCUUCUAAAGUAUGUAAUUUCCAUUUAGAAAUUUCAGACUUGAUUUGCCCUACUGGAAAAUGUAUCAACCCCUACAAAAAUGUCCAUUAAUGAUAAUCCACAUAACAAUCCACAUUUCCUGUUGCGGCAGGAUUAUUUCCUGGUGUAGUAAACUGGCUCAAAUUAAGAUCCUACAUCUGUAGGGCUCUGGUCAAAAGUAGUGCACUAUAUAGGGAAGAUGGUGCCAUUUGGGAUACAACCUUUGUCUCCGAUCUGUUAGUCCUCUGGAGUAGGAUGCCUGGCUAUUAAGGAUGUGAUCAUAUUUCACUAUUCUCCAUUCUCCAUUUCAGGAAACCCACCAGUGCUGCUUCUGCCCGACAAUGUGCGGAUUCGCCGCUUCAACCUGUCCUCGGAGCAGUAUUCAGACUACGUGGACAACGCAGAGCACAUCCAGGCUCUGGACUACCAGUGGGAUCCAGAGGGCAUCGGACUCAGUAAGACCUUCAGCUCAACUAGUUAACUAGUCAGUGCUAUUUGGCUCAUGUGAAGAGCACUAUGGGAGUGAUACAGUGACUGGGGAGGUUUUCAUUUUUACUCCACUUCAUUAGGAACCAAACAGAAGCAAAUGGGCUGAAACGGGGAAGGACUACCUGAACUUGUCAAAUAAGAAACACUUGUUUUCAUUUUCCGUUGCAAAACGUUUUGCUAUGAUGUGCACUUAUGAAUAUGACCCUGUUGUGCUUUUAGGUAUUGUGUACUGGACGGUCCUGGGCCGAGGCUCUCAGUUUGGCUCUAUCAAGCGGGCCUACAUGACCACUUUCAAUGACAACGGCAAUAACCCAGUGAAGGAGUUGGAUCUGAACCUGAGAUACAUUGCCAACCCUGAUGGCAUCGCUGUGGACUGGAUCGGAGGGUACAACACCUCACUCAUUGCUUACUAUUUUAGUUUUUUGAAAAUGCCUUUUGGGUUGAAUACAAUCUAACAUCUUCCUUCUGUUUCUCAGUCACAUUUACUGGACAGACGCAGGGACCAAUCGAAUUGAAGUGGCAAAGUUAGAUGGUCGCUACAGGAAGUGGUUGAUCCAUACUGACCUGGACCAGCCAGCUGCUAUUGCUGUCAACCCAGCACUCGGGUACGGAAGUGAUCAACUACAGGCUAAUACACUGUAUCCUCUCAGAUAUAACAGCAUUGUCGAGUGAUCGACAGUAAAUAGAUUUCAAAGUAGUCAAAGACAUUAGUUAACAAAGACUGUUUUAUGUGUCUGUGCAUUCCCUAGAAUCAUGUACUGGACAGACUGGGGCAGGAGACCCAGGAUUGAGUCUGCCUGGAUGGAUGGGCAGCACAGGCAGGUUAUGUUGGACGAGGACCUGGGCUGGCCCACUGGACUGGCUCUGGACUACCUGAAUGGAGACAGGAUCUACUGGUGUGACUCCAAGGAGAACAUCAUAGAGUCCAUGAAGCCGGACGGCACCGAGAGGAAGAUCAUCAUGUCAGGAGGUCCGAACCCACGGAGACCUUUCUUAGAUGUUGCUAACAUGUUGAUGUUAUAGUCUUUGUAAUAACUAUAUUAUUAACUCCCUUAAUAGUUAUUGAUUAAAUCAGACCACAUGUCCAGGACCAAGUCUCUCUUGUAAAAGAGGUCUUCUUACCUCAAUGGUCCUUCAAUAGACUGGGUCUAUUGAAACUAUGGCUAAUUGAGCAUGGUCAUUUUCUGCUUCAGAUAUUGGUAAACCCUACAGCCUGGAUGUCUUUGAAGGCCAUGUGUACUGGACAACCAAGGAGCGGGGUGAAGUCUGGAAGACGGAUAAGUUUGGGAAGGGGGACAAAGUGAAGGUGCUGACCAUCAACCCCUGGCUGACUCAAGUCCGCAUCUACCAGGAGUACAAACACAACCGUUCAGGUUAGAGUUUGUCAAGUCUAAAACAUACACACUGUAGUUUUCUCCUGUCUGGUGAGUAUAAGGUAGUUACGGGUUUCCUCUUCCCUCUCUCAGUACCCAACCCCUGUAAGGACAUGUGCAGUCACCUGUGUCUGCUGCGGCCUGGAGGCUACACCUGCACCUGCCCACAAGGCUCUUCCCUGGUCGGCUUCAACCCCAACGAAUGUGACGCAGGUAUGGUCAUUAAAUCACAUCAUCUGUGAAUGCAGCCUCCCUGCCAUGUUGGCUGCACCAUCAUUUAUCAUUGAAAUCAUACUCCAUGUAGGCAUGGCUGCUUUGAUAUUGUUGUGGUGACAUUGUGUUGACGUUGUGCGUGGCUUUCACUCCUGCAGCCAUUGAGGCUCCAGUCUUAAUGCCCCUUGCAUGCAGAUGCAUGAACGGAGGGACCUGCUACACUGACGAAGGGGGCCUGCCCAAGUGCAAGUGAGUUCAGCAGCUGGUAUCAGGAAGUAGAUUAAUUGUCAUAUUAUUAUAACAUGUAACACCACAGCCACAAGCCAUAGGAGUGUUUCGUUCCACCAGGAAGAAACAUUGUUUAUUUCUUAUUUUAUUGUGCAGGUGUCCGUAUGGCUAUGCAGGGAGUUACUGUGAGAUGGGAAAGUCCAGGGGUGCCCCUGCAGGAACAGGUACAUUAUAAUAUGAGAUAAGAAGUGGAAUAUCUAUAUUAUACUGCAUGACCUGCAAUAUGGAUCUCUUCAACCACGAUUAGAUUUCUCCCCAAACAUGUCAGUCCAACAUGCCAGUCUUCAUACAAAGUUUCCACUGAUCAAUAGUUCACAAUAGAAUAGUUACACAACAUUGGUCAGAGACAAAUUACAUAUUUUUCUUCAAACCGUUGUCUCACAACUCAUUAGAUUGUGACCUUGAGAUUGGUUUUGACUCAGCAAACACUAAAGGUGUUUUUCUCUCCUGUAAAGUGACUCUAUAACCUUUUAACUUUAAUUGGGAGAAUGUCAGUGAAGUAAUAGGUUAUCUGCAUGUAAUUUACCAGCAAUAUGUGAGAAAUUGUUUUAGUUUUGGACUGCUGAUACAUGUUUACCUGGACACUUACAAAUAAUGAGUAGAAAUGUUCUGGAAUAAACAUUGCUGCUGAUAUCUUUGUCUUCAGCAGUUGCCGUACUGUUAGCAGUGAUUAUCAUCCUCAUCACUGGAGCGUUGGCUGUUGGGGUUUUCCUCAACUACAAACGAACUGGCUCCUUAAUCCCAUCCAUGCCCAAACUACCCAGGUAGGAUCUCAGCUUUGACCUGAUCUCACCCAUCUGUGUGUGCCUCUGUUGUGUCGUUUUAAAACCAGAGCUUCAAAUGAGAAUUGUUACCCUGGAGUUUGUAAACCGUUUUCUUCCUUCUCUCUUUUCCAGCCUAAGCAGUCUGGUGAAAUCGGGUGACACUGGGAAUGGGGUGACGUUUCGCUCAGGUGACAAUGUCACCAUGGAUCUGGGAACUCCACCCAUCGGGGUUUCAUUCAUUGACAGGGCCAUGCAGUUGGUAAACACUGGAUUGUGUUGGUUUAGCACUUAGUGGUGUCACUGCACCUUCAGACUGUACUGUCAGCAUUUUAGUCCCGUGUUAGGCCCGGAAGACCCCGAUUGACUUUGGCCUUUUGGACGGACCUCUGUAAAAUUACUGGGAGUUUAUAUAUAUACAGUGGGGGAAAAAAGUAUUUAGUCAGCCACCAAUUGUGCAAGUUCUCCCACUUAAAAAGAUGAGAGAGGCCUGUAAUUUUCAUCAUAGGUACACGUCAACUAUGACAGACAAAAUGAGGGAAAAAAAUCCAGAAAAUCACAUUGUAGGAUUUUUAAUGAAUUUAUUUGCAAACUAUGGUGGAAAAUAAGGAUUUGGUCAAUAACAAAAGUUUCUAAAUACUUUGUUAUAUACCCUUUGUUGGCAAUGACACAGGUCAAAUGUUUUCUGUAAGUCUUCACAAGGUUUUCACACACUGUUGCUGGUAUUUUGGCCCAUUCCUCCAUGCAGAUCUCCUCUAGAGCAGUGAUGUUUUGGGGCUGUCGCUGGGCAACACAGACUUUCAACUCCCUCCAAAGAUUUUCUAUGGGGUUGAGAUCUGGAGACUGGCUAGGCCACUCCAGGACCUUGAAAUGCUUCUUACGAAGCCACUCCUUCGUUGCCCAGGCGGUGUGUUUGGGAUCAUUGUCAUGCUGAAAGACCCAGCCACGUUUCAUCUUCAAUGCCCUUGCUGAUGGAAGGAGGUUUUCACUCAAAAUCUCACGAUACAUGGCCCCAUUCAUUCUUUCCUUUACACGGAUCAGUCGUCCUGGUCCCUUUGCAGAAAAACAGCCCCAAAGCAUGAUGUUUCCACUCCCAUGCUUCACAGUAGGUAUGGUGUUCUUUGGAUGCAACUCAGCAUUCUUUGUCCUCCAAACACGACGAGUUGAGUUUUUACCAAAAAGUUCUAUUUUGGUUUCAUCUGACCAUAUGACAUUCUCCCAAUCCUCUUCUGGAUCAUCCAAAUGCACUCUAGCAAUCUUCAGACGGGCCUGGACAUGUACUGGCUUAAGCAGGGGGACACGUCUGGCACUGCAGGAUUUGAGUCCCUGGCGGCGUAGUGUGUUACUGAUGGUAGGCUUUGUUACUUUGGUCCCAGCUCUCUGCAGGUCAUUCACUAGGUCCCCCCGUGUGGUUCUGGGAUUUUUGCUCACCGUUCUUGUGAUCAUUUUGACCCCACGGGGUGAGAUCUUGCGUGGAGCCCCAGAUCGAGGGAGAUUAUCAGUGGUCUUGUAUGUCUUCCAUUUCCUAAUAAUUGCUCCCACAGUUGAUUUCUUCAAACCAAGCUGCUUACCUAUUGCAGAUGCAGUCUUCCCAGCCUGGUGCAGGUCUACAAUUUUGUUUCUGGUGUCCUUUGACAGCUCUUUGGUCUUGGCCAUAGUGGAGUUUGGAGUGUGACUGUUUGAGGUUGUGGACAGGUGUCUUUUAUACUGAUAACAAGUUCAAACAGGUGCCAUUAAUACAGGUAACGAGUGGAGGACAGAGGAGCCUCUUAAAGAAGAAGUUACAGGUCUGUGAGAGCCAGAAAUCUUGCUUGUUUGUAGGUGACCAAAUACUUAUUUUCCACCAUAAUUUGCAAAUAAAUUCAUUAAAAAUCCUACAAUGUUUAUUUGAACAGUGAGAGACAGAAUAACAAAACAAAAAAUCCUGUCAUGAUCGUCGGUGAGAGAGGAGGACCAAGGCGCAGCGUUGAAGGCGAACAUAUUUAUUUAAUUAAUGAUCACACGAUCAAAACAACAAAACGAUGACGUGACAGUCAAUGGUAAUACACAAACCAAAUACGAACAAGAAACCACACCAAAUGAAUGCCAAACGGCUACCUAAGUAUGACUCCCAAUCAGAGACAACGAGCUACAGCCGUCUCUGAUUGGGAGCCACCCUGGCCAACAUAGAUAUACAAACCCAGAAAGUGAAACCUAGAACACACAUAGACUAUACACACCCUGGCUCAACAUAUUAGAGUCCCCAGAGCCAGGGCGUGACAGUACCCCCCCCCUAAAGGCGCGGACUCCGACCGCGCCCACCAAAUACCACAGGGGAGGGACCGGGUGGGCACUCCGCUUAGGCGGCGGAUCCGGCUCCGGGCCUGUUCCCCGCUCCCUCUCCAACCCCCCAAAGUACCCCUGGUCCGGUCUGGCCCCGCUGGCCGGAGCUGGACUGCACACUGGUGGAGCGGAUUGCUCUAGCUCCGGCGUGAAGCAUCUGACCGGUGCCGGACCAGCCACCGGUGGAACAGGCACGGGCCGUGCCGGACUGACGACGCACACCACUGGCUUGGUGUGGGGAGCAGGAGCGGGCCGAGCCGGGCUGUCGAAGCGCACCCCUGACUUGGUGCGGGGAACAGGCACGGGCCGUGCCGGACUGACGACGCACACCACUGGCUUGGUGUGGGGAGCAGGAGCGGGCCGAGCCGGGCUGUCGAAGCGCACCCCUGACUUGGUGCGGGGAGCAGGAACGGGCCGAGCCGGGCUGACGAAGCGCACCACUGACUUGGUGCGGGGAGCAGGAACGGGCCGAGCCGGGCUGACGAAGCGCACCACUGACUUGGUGCGGGGAGCAGGAACGGGCCGAGCCGGGCUGUCGAAGCGCACCCCUGACUUGGUGCGGGGAGCAGGAACGGGCCGAGCCGGGCUGUCGAAGCGCACCCCUGACUUGGUGCGGGGAGCAGGAACGGGCCGAGCCGGGCUGACGAAGCGCACCACUGACUUGGUGCGGGGAGCAGGAACGGGCCGAGCCGGGCUGACGAAGCGCACCACUGACUUGGUGCGGGGAGCAGGAACGGGCCGAGCCGGGCUGACGAAGCGCACCACUGACUUGGUGCGGGGAGCAGGAACGGGCCGGACCGUACUGGGGACACACACCACUGGUCCUACGCAGGGAUCUGGAAUGGGCCGGACCGGACUGGUAACACACCCCAGUACCUCUCGCCGUGCCUCUACACCUUCCACCCCCUCUUCGACCAGUGGCCCCCGUAACCUGGCGGCCUCCUCUGCCAACCCGCUGGGCCGCUCUGCCGCGGUCUCCUGCUGGCCCGUCGUCCACGGCGUUAGCCCCCCCCUAAAAAAUUUCUGGGCGUCUCUCCUACCCGUGGACCAGGUCUCCAUGUCCCUCGCCAGCCUCUCGCCCUUCUGCCUCAAUGUCAAGCCCUUCUCUUCCUCACUCGGCUUGACCCAGUCGAGGAGGCGAAGGAGAUCUGCUAGAGAUCUCCCUGGCGAUGGCUCCUGGACACGCUGCUUGGUCAAGUCUUGGUGGUUUCUUCUGUCAUGAUCGUCAGUGAGAGAGGAGGACCAAGGCGCAGCGUUGAAGGCGAACAUAUUUAUUUAAUUAAUGAUCACACGAUCAAAACAACAAAACGAUGACGUGACAGUCAAUGGUAAUACACAAACCAAAUACGAACAAGAAACCACACCAAAUGAAUGCCAAACGGCUACCUAAGUAUGACUCCCAAUCAGAGACAACGAGCUACAGCCGUCUCUGAUUGGGAGCCACCCUGGCCAACAUAGAUAUACAAACCCAGAAAGUGAAACCUAGAACACACAUAGACUAUACACACCCUGGCUCAACAUAUUAGAGUCCCCAUAGCCAGGGCGUGACAAAUCCAGAAAAACGCAUGUCAAAAAUGUUAUCAAUUGAUUUGCAUUUUAAUGAGGGAAAUAAGUAUUUGACCCCUCUGCAAAACAUGACUUAGUACUUGGUGGCAAAACCCUUGUUGGCAAUCACAGAGGUCAGACAUUUCUUGUAGUUGGCCACCAGGUUUGCACACAUCUCAGGAGGGAUUUUGUCCCACUCCUCUUUGCAUAUCUUCUCCAAGUCAUUAAGGUUUCGAGGCUGACGUAUGGCAACUUGACCCUUCAGCUCCCUCCACAGAUUUUCUAUGGGAUUAAGGUCUGGAGACUGGCUAGGCCACUCCAGGACCUUAAUGUGCUUUUUCUUGAGCCACUCCUUUGUUGCCUUGGCCGUGUGUUUUGGGUCAUUGUCAUGCUGGAAUACCCAUCCACAACCCAUUUUCAAUGUCCUGGCUGAGGGAAGGAGGUUCUCACCCAAGAUUUGACGGUACAUGGCCCCAUCCAUCGUCCCUUUGAUGCGGUGAAGUUGUCCUGUCCCCUUAGCAGAAAAACACCCCCAAAGCAUAAUGUUUCCACCUCCAUGUUUGACGGUGGGGAUGGUGUUCUUGGGGUCAUAGGCAGCAUUCCUCCUCCUCCAAACACGGCGAGUUGAGUUGAUGCCAAAGAGCUCGAUUUUGGUCUCAUCUUACCACAACACUUUCACCCAGUUCUCCUCUGAAUCAUUCAGAUGUUCAUUGGCAAACUUCAGACGGGCCUGUAUAUGUGCUGUCUUGAGCAGGGGGACCUUGCGGGCGCUGCAGGAUUUCAGUCCUUCACGGCGUAGUGUGUUACCAAUUGUUUUCUUGGUGACUAUGGUCCCAACUGCCUUGAGAUCAUUGAUAAGAUCCUCCCGUGUAGUUCUGGGCUGAUUCCUCACCGUUCUCAUGAUCAUUGCAACUCCACGAGGUGAGAUCUUGCAUGGAGCCCCAGGCUGAGGGAGAUUGACAGUUCUUUUGUGUUUCUUCCAUUUGCGAAUAAUCGCACCAACUGUUGUCACCUUCUCACCAAGCUGCUUGGCGAUGGUCUUGUAGCCCAUUCCAGCCUUGUGUAGGUCUACAAUCUUGUCCCUGACAUCCUUGGAGAGCUCUUUGGUCUUGGCCAUGGUGGAGAGUUUGGAAUCUGAUUGAUUGAUUGCUUCUGUGGACAGGUGUCUUUUAUACAGGUAACAAGCUGAGAUUAGGAGCACUCCCUUUAAGAGUGUGCUCCUAAUCUCAGCUCGUUACCUGUAUAAAAUACACCUGGGAGCCAGAAAUCUUUCUGAUUGAGAGGGGGUCAAAUACUUAUUUUCCCUCAUUAAAAUGCAAAUCAAUUUAUAACAUUUUUGACAUGCGUUUUUCUCUAUUUUUUGUGUUAUUUCUGCUCUCCACCUGUUCAAAUAAACCUACCUUUAAAACAUUAUAGACUGAUCCUUUUCCUUUGGCAGUGGGCAAACGUUACAAAAUCAGCAGGGGAUCAACUACUUUUUUCCCCACUGUAUAUCUAUUAUAUAUAUGAUAUAUAUAUUCUAUAGAGAGAGAGAGAGAGAGAGAGAGAGGAGAGAGAGAGAGAGAGAAGAGAGAGAGGAGAUGAGAGAGAGAGAGAGAGAGGAGAGAGAGAGAGAGAGAGAGAGAGAGGAGAGAGAGACGGAGAGAGAGAGGAGGAACCUCCCAAAAAAAGGGGGGGGGGGUUUCCCCAAACCCUUGGGGUUUUCCCCCCCCCCGGGGGCCCCCCCCCGGGAAAACCCCAAAAAAAAGGGCCCCCCCCCCCCCCCCGGGGGGGGGGGUUUUUAAAAACCCCCCCCCCUUUUUUCCUUUUUUUUUGGGGGGGGGUUUUUUAAAAAACCAAAUUUUGGGGGUUUUUUAAAAAAAAAAAAACCCCCUUUUUUUUUGGGGGGGGGAAAGGGGUUUUAAAAAAGGGGGGGUUUCCCCAAGGGGGUUUUAAAAAAAAUUUUUUUCCCCCCCCAAAAAGGGCCCCCCCCCCCCGGAAACCCCCUUUUUGGGGGAAAAAAAAAAUUUUUUGGGGGUUUUUUCCCCCCCGGGGAAAAAAAGGGGGGCCGGGGAAAAAAACCCCCCAAAAAAAAACCCCCAACCCAAAAACCCCCCGGGGAAAUUCCCCCCCCUUUUUCAUUUUAAAUGGGUUUAAAAAAAAAAAGGGGGGUUUUUCCCCGCCACCGUGCUUCUACAUCUGCAUUGCUUGCUGUUUGGGGUUUUAGGCUGGGUUUCUGUAUAGCACUUUGUGACAUCUGCUGAUGUAAAAAGGGCUUUAUAAAUACAUUUGAUUGAUGAUGAAUAACACUGUGUCUCUUUCAGGAUGAGAACUUUGCAGUGGAAGCGGGGAGGCAGCCAAUCACGUUUGAGAACCCUCUGUAUGCCACUGCAGCGGCUGGAUCGUCUAGUGAUCCUGCUGUCAUCCACGCGACACAGGUACGCAAGACAACACUAUUGCAUGAACAUUUCUAGGGCAGAUUGGAUUGACAUCAUUGUUAAAGCAAUACUAAUUGUUCUGCACUGUUUUACUCCAAACAGGUGACUGUUACUGUUAGCGGUGAGCAGAUAGAGAAGAACUUUGCGAACUCAGCGUACCAUACAGAGCAGAUUGUGAGCACCGUGGACAGUUCCACAGCCAGAGCCAAGCCGGUUCAGGUGACUCUCCCUUCCUGUACUUGUAUCAUUAGUUAAAGGUAAGGGAUUAAAUUGUAAUUUACAGCAAUUGUGUCCUACAUUGACAGGAGUCCAGGUGGAGCUUCUUCAAAAGAAAAUUGAAGCCAAGCACAACUUUUGAAAACCCAACGUACUCAGAGGUAAGCCCAAUACUGCCACCCAAGCAGCACCUAUUCCUAUUCUACAGUAGAAAACGGGAAACGUAUAGAACAUAUGUUUGUAUUCCUUCUAACUGUUUGAUGUUUGCUUCUUAUUGCUACUUGUAGGUUAAGAGGUCUUGGGUUUGUGUUGGCCUGUUUUCUGCUAGUCAUCCCCUUGUUGUUUUUCAGAUGCAGAAUGAAAAAGCAGUAGGAAGCAAUGAGGACAGUUCCUCCACCGACCCCUCUCCCUUUGCCCCAACCGCCAAACCCUUUAAGAGGGAUCGUCCCAGCACCUACUCACCAACUGAGGACACUUUCCGAGACACAGCGAACCUUGUCAAAGAGGACAGCGAUGUG